AUGUCCCUGGGACUCGCAGCUACAUUUCUUCUGGUCUCCUUUGUCACCCUCCUGCUGUACCUAAUAACAUGGAAAGGAGGGAAAAAGCUGGAAAACCUGCCCCCAGGACCCACGCCUCUGCCCCUGCUGGGGAAUAUUAUGCAGAUUAGCACCACAGAAUUGCCCCAAUCCCUGGUUAAGGUGAGAAAAAUAAUUGUUCUUUAAUAAUUUGUGUUUGGUCACCUCACCAUUUCAAUGUUUUAAUACAAUCCACAGUACUACAUACAAUAUAAUCUGCAAACAUGGUAUUUUACGUUAGUACUCUAGAAAAUGCAGAACCAUUAUUAAUUACAAUAAUUAACGCAAAAUCAGUUUAGGAAAGCUGGAUGAAAUUGACUAUUAUGCUGUAUGUGAAAAUGUUUUCUGUAAAACCUCUUUUUACAGGUUGAAAGGGUAUUUAACCAUUUGAAGAGAUUAGAAGCGGCCACGUGAUAUAAAUUAUUUAUUAAAUAUAUACAUUAUUUCUUCUUACUGUCCAGUUUGGAAAUAAAUCUUUAAUGAUCUCAAAUUCGGAUUCCUUGUAUUUCUGUCCUUUGUUCGUUUCACACAGUGUACAGGGAGUGCAGAAUUAUUAGGCAAGUUGUAUUUUUGAGGAUUAAUUUUAUUAUUGAACAACAACCAUGUUCUCAAUGAACCCAAAAAACUCAUUAAUAUCAAAGCUGAAUAUUUUUGGAAGUAGUUUUAGUUUGUUUUUAGUUUUAGCUAUGUUAGGGGGAUAUCUGUGUGUGCAGGUGACUAUUACUGUGCAUAAUUAUUAGGCAACUUAACAAAAACAAAUAUAUACCCAUUUCAAUUAUUUAUUAUUACCAGUGAAACCAAUAUAACAUCUCAACAUUCACAAAUCUACAUUUCUGACAUUCAAAAACAAAACAAAAACAAAUCAGUGACCAAUAUAGCCACCUUUCUUUGCAAGGACACUCAAAAGCCUGCCAUCCAUGGAUUCUGUCAGUGUUUUGAUCUGUUCACCAUCAACAUUGCGUGCAGCAGCAACCACAGCCUCCCAGACUCUGUUCAGAGAGGUGUACUGUUUUCCCUCCUUGUAAAUCUCACAUUUGAUGAUGGACCACAGGUUCUCAAUGGGGUUCAGAUCAGGUGAACAAGGAGGCCAUGUCAUUAGAUUUUCUUCUUUUAUACCCUUGACUGCAGACCCACGAACCUCCCGUUGCCCAAUAAACACACAACACCUGUAUAGUGGAUAAGGGCAACGGCCACAGCUUUAUUGAACAUAUUUGACCAGCAUUAAAACCAACUGUCAGCUGAUGGGGUGAUUCAUCCAUCAGACAGGUCUCACAUCCUUUUACCAGAGUCCAAAGCAGCCUGCCUUCCGCCUUCAGCCCAAGCAUGCUGUGACUCCCCAAUCCGACUUGUCCCUUGCCUUCCCAUGCGCUGGCCAGGUAUUCCGCUGUGACAAAACAAAAACAGAGACAACCAGACACCAAGAAAAAAAAAACACCACCAACACCGCCACUUAACUACUAACCACAACCAUUAUAGGGAGGGCGGGUGGGAAAGCUCCUUUUAGAUCUCUUCCUACCUACUGAGUGACCAGGGCCCACCCCCAGAUUCCCUUAUGUACUAGGUCCCUUAUUGCUACAUAUGUAUCCCUUUAUGUCCAUCCCCCCUCCCUGGGCAGCAGUCAUGUCUUUCCCUUCCUUAUUCAGUCCAGGGAAACCUUGACUGCAGACCCACGAACCUCCCGUUGCCCAAUAAACACACAACACCUGUAUAGUGGAUAAGGGCAACGGCCACAGCUUUAUUGAACAUAUUUGACCAGCAUUAAAACCAACUGUCAGCUGAUGGGGUGAUUCAUCCAUCAGACAGGUCUCACUUCCUUUUACCAGAGUCCAAAGCAGCCUGCCUUCCGCCUUCAGCCCAAGCAUGCUGUGACUCCCCAAUCCGACUUGUCCCUUGCCUUCCCAUGCGCUGGCCAGGUAUUCCGCCACCGCGAUGCCGGCCUCCUACGCCCUCCCCCGGCAUCGUGCCCCCCGCCGCCAGCGCCUUCUCAAUCCCCCCUUGCAGGCCCAUGUUGAAAAUGUCCAAUCCAAUCAAGCUUAAGUGCACCCCAUCGGACCGCAUCAGCACGCUGUUAUCCCCUUCCAAUUCUACAUGCCGGACCACAAUGCCCCCAAGCUGCCGAACAAACCUCGACACCACCACAUUCAACUUACGCCUGCUGCGCUCCAGCCCCUUUGCAUAAGGUAACUGCAGCCAGCAGGGCCUCGGGACCACCUCCGACCACACCAACGUGACAUCCCGGAACAAUGCCAUGCACCGGGCAAGAUCCUCCUUCAUGUCGUGCAUGAGAUCCACUGUCCGGACCCGCCCCAGGUCAUUCCCCCCUGCAUGAAUGACCAAGAUCACCGAACUAGGAACCAACCUGCUCAUAAAACGGCACUCCGGGUAAACCUGGCUCCACGACAACCCGCGAAUGCCCCUCCAGCGGACCCGUGCUUGGUCGUACGAACACCCCAAGUUGCGGCCAUAUGGGCGCUCCUCCGCCCGCCUCGCUGCCCAAUAGAUGUAGGAAUGCCCUAGUAUCCAUACAUAACGAGGGCGAGAACCUAGAAUUGAACAAACAGAAAAACUAAACGGGAAGAAAACUGUUACUCACCCUGAAAAUUCACCCUAUAAGAGGUGCGGCCGCACAUACAACUGAAAUCUUCCUGAACGCCUCCGCCCCAACUCCUGCACCGCUGACGGUGAAAAUCCCAUCUCACUAGCUUGUGUAGCCGCCCCAAUCCGAAAAGAAUGGGCCGAGUAACCUUGCGGGCUCCUCUCGUUCGCCACCAGGGAUUCACGCAAAAUCUUGCUAAAUUGAUAGCGCGUCAUAGGAGACCCGUCCUGAUGCACCAGCAGCGCACCCCCGCCCGUAGGGCGGACCUGCAUAAAUCUCCGAAACAGGUGCACUGGGCAGUACUCCCCUCCUGCUGCAUCAAUACGUACCCACGCUCCUUCCCCGCGUUGAUCCGUCUUGGACUUACGGAUCCGAAUGUCCAGCCCUUGAACCGCCCACCGCACAUCCGACACCAACAGCGGUGGCGCCACCCGACGACUGGCGGCCACCACCUCCCCGACCCGCAACGCCCCAAGAAAGCACAAAGAAAAAGCGACCCCGAACAACAACGCCUCGUACUCCGCACUACACACCCGCCGCAGCGCCGCAAGGAGCUCCCACAGAAGCUGCACCGAAAUAGGCCGCCUCUGAUCCGGGACCCUCCGCCGCCGCCAUCCACGCAGAGCCCUCUGAAUACUAAAUUCCUUGGUCAUAUCCUUCCAACCCAGAAAUCUAAACAAGAACGACAGGGCCGACAGGGCCUUCUCCGCUGCAGCACAUGACCGCCCUUCAUCCAACAAUUGCUCCAAAAACAGUAAGGUUACCUCAAAGCGCCCCGCGUCCGACGCCAGGCUACCUUCCCCCGGCACCAACCCGAGCCACUUAGACCACACCGCCCGGUAGGACGUCCACGAGGAUGCUGACAACGACUCCGACACCAACCCCAUCAAUCUUCGGAACCGAGCUCCCAUAAAGACUGCGGGCAGGGCUGCCCCACCUGUUCCGCCUCUGGUGCCGCCUCUCGGAAACGCUGCCACUGGAACCGAGAAAGCGCAUCAGCCACAAUAUUCAACACACCCGGCACAUGACACGCCCUAACCCACACAUUAUGCUGCAAACUCAACAGGACCAAGCGCCUAAGCAAUGCCAGCACUGGCGGUGAAGCCGACGUUGCGCGAUUUAUCACAUGGACAACACUCAUGUUGUCCGUAUGAAAAUCAACAGUUCGGUCCCGCAACUCUUGACCCCAUAACUCCAUUGCAACGACAAUCGGGAAGAGCUCCAAGAAGGUCAAGUUGCGCAUGAGAUCCUUACCCCGCCAGCUGCCCGGCCAAGCCUCCGCGCACCACCGGCCCCGGAAGUAAGCCCCGAAGCCGAUGGAGCCAGACGCAUCUGUGAAAAGUUCCAACACUGAGUUCCCAACCGCCGCUCGCAACCAACACGACCCGCCGUUGUACCGUUCCAGGAAGGAACUCCACACCUGUAAGUCCGACUUAAGCUUCUUCGUAACCCGUAUAAAAUGAUACGGCUCCCGAAUCCCCACCGUCGCCAACGAGAGCCGGCGACAAAACGCCCGACCCAUCGGCAAAACACGACAAGCGAAUGCUAGGUGACCCAGCAGCACCUGCAUCUGCCGCAACUGCACUUUCUUCGCCCCCUUGACGAGGUCGACCCAACGCAAGAGCACUACGACCUUGUCCUCCGGCAACCGAAAAACCAUGUUGGCGGAAUCAAUUUCCACCCCGAGGAACGACAGCACCUCAGCCGGACCCUCUGUCUUCUGUUCCGCGACCGGAAUGCCGAAAUCAGCUGCCACCUCCCGAAAAACACGCAGAAGGUCCCCACAUACCCCCGUCCCACGGUUUCCGACAAACAAAAAAUCAUCCAAAUAAUGUGUCACUGACACAAAACCCGAAACCUGAAUGACCACCCAUUCCAAAAAGGACGCAAAGGAAUCGAAAUAGGAGCAGGAAAUCGCACACCCCAUCGGCAGACACAUGUCAUAGUAGUAACUACCCUCAAAGUGGCAACCGAGGAGGUGAUGACACUCCGGGUGGACUGGUAACAAGCGGAAGGCCGAUUCAAUGUCGGACUUCGCUAACCAGGCUCCAACCCCGGCAUCCCUGACCAAUUCCAACGCCCUGUCGAAAGACGCGUACCGGACACGGCUAAACUCCUUAUCAAUGCCGUCGUUAACAGACUCACCUGCUGGAUAAGAUAAAUGAUGAAUCAUGCGGUAAGCUCCCUCCUCCUUUUUGGGGACCAAACCCAACGGUGACACCCGAAGAUUCACAAAUGGCGAACGGACAAACGGCCCUGCCAUCCUCCCCAAACUUACCUCUUUGUCCAAUUUUUCCCGCAACAUCCCUUCCCUACCCUGAAUCGAACGCAAGUUGUUAGCAAAACGCGGCUCCGCCGAGGGAACAAACGGAACCCAAAACCCCGACGAAAACCCGUCCGCCAACAGCAACGCAUCCCGCCGCUUAGGAUACCGAGCGAGCCACGGCGCCAUCCUUUCCCCUCUCACCGGGGUCCAGGCCUUUUGGGGCGGCGUCCGCGGCCCCACCUUUGGGAGGCACCUGUUUCCCCUUUUUGAAACAGCGCGACGCAGGAUGCGCUCCUCCACAGUGAGAACACUCGUGUCGAAAGCGGCAGGAACUAUACCACCUGCAAUGGCUCUCAUUGAAGAGCCAACAAACCCCUCGCUUAGGGCCAGCCGGCGCCCCUGGCGGACCGCCGGCUGCUCCCUGAAAGGGUGCCGGCCGGCUGGGAGUCAUGAGCAGCAGCCAAAGGCUGCCAUCCUGCACCCCGAAGUCCAACCCUGGGCAUACCGCCAUCUUCUGCCGAAAUUGCUGGUCAUAACGAAACCAGCAUUGACCGCCAUAUAUUUUGUAAGCCCCCCAAAUGAGAUCCAGGUACCCGAAUAACGAAGGGGCCCGUUCCGGGAACUGCCUGGACAACACACUGGCGAACACCGCAAACCCCUGCAACCAGUUCCCAAAAGUUCUCGGGAGCUGCUUGCCCUUGUCCCCUUCCCCCGGCUCCCCCCGCCGCGGCCUAUCCACGGCAUCCUUGUCCGGCGGAACCAGGGAAAGCAAAUCUACAAAUUCGCCGCGCACUAUCUUCUCGCGCGUCUCGCUAGGGACAUGCAUGCCCAGCGGAGAUAACUCACACCCAGGUAUGCUGGGGCGAAAAGCGCACAUUGGAGCUGCAGGCGCAGGCCCUGGCGCAGAAACCAACCCCCCUUGCGCAGCCCCUGGUAACCCUGCAACUAGGGCCCUAAGCAAGCGCAAAACCUCCCCUUGCGCCUCCCUGGAACCCCCUAUACUGGCCCCCAGACCACCCCAUGCGCUUGCGCAGGCUGACUCACCGGACACAGGAAGGUUGCCAGGAACCUGUUCCUCCAGCAGCUGCUCCUCCACGCUGUCUUCCUCUCCCACUGCCGCUUCUUCAUCCAUCUCCAGCCGGCCUCUCCACAGGCCGCCAUCCUCCGCUUCUUCUGGCCGACCACCGCCAUGGCCGCCAUCCCCCGAGCUCCUGAGCCGACCGCCCGGCCGGCCGCCGUCCCUCCAUGCCGCCCGGGCACUUUCCAGGCCAGCCUCCUGGCUGCCCGGCUCUCCGGACCGGUUUGCCCGGUUCCAAGAUGGCGGGGCCUGCGACGUCAGUGCGCUCCGUCGCACUGACGUCACGUACGCGCCCCGCGGCGCCUCCGUCGGCGUCACUCUUCCUGCGCGCCGGGCGCGCUCAGACGUCACUUCCGGCUGGGCCGGAAAAGAAGCCGGACUCCUCGACCGCGUCCCUCGUCCGCCGCCAUCUUGAUCCCGCCGACCAGCCUCCAUCUCUCGCCGCAGCCGCCCUCCUGCAGCCCGGACAGGUAAGGGGACACCUCCAUCCGCUCCACUCGCUCCGUCCGACCCGGGCACUCUCCUCCUGCCGCUGCUUCGCCGCACUGGGCUGGGGGAAAGGCGCGUAGGAGGCCUGGAUCGCCUAGGCCUUCUACCGCCAUCUUGUCUCUCCACAGGCUCCACCACUGCCGCCCCAGCGCUGCCACCCUGCAGGCCGGCCAUCACUUCACCCAACGACCCGGUGCCAUUCUCCGACAGAUAGGCCUGCAGCAUCUCCACCAGGGCCUCCUUGGACACCACCGCCAUAGCUCUCCCUGUGCCAAGGUGAGUAAUUCUUCUUGCCCGGUGAGCAGGUAAUUGAAAAGUCAAUAAAAGUUUUCCUUUGUCUUUUUUUUUUUUUUUUAACUCUCAGAAGGUGUAGGAAGAAGGAAGGAGAUUAACGAAAAGGGCGGGAAAGCUCCUUUUAGAUCUCUUCCUACCUACUGAGUGACCAGGGCCCACCCCCAGAUUCCCUUAUGUACUAGGUCCCUUAUUGCUACAUAUGUAUCCCUUUAUGUCCAUCCCCCCUCCCUGGGCAGCAGUCAUGUCUUUCCCUUCCUUAUUCAGUCCAGGGAAACCUUUCUUGCCAGCCACGCUGUGGAGUACUUGGACGCGUGUGAUGGAGCAUUGUCCUGCAUGAAAAUCAUGUUUUUCUUGAAGGAUGCAGACUUCUUCCUGUACCACUGCUUGAAGAAGGUGUCUUCCAGGAACUGGCAGUAGGACUGGGAGUUGAGCUUGACUCCAUCCUCAACCCGAAAAGGCCCCACAAGCUCAUCUUUGAUGAUACCAGCCCAAACCAGUACUCCACCUCCACCUUGCUGGCGUCUGAGUCGGACUGGAGCUCUCUGCCCUUUACCAAUCCAGCCACGGGCCCAUCCAUCUGGCCCAUCAAGACUCACUCUCAUUUCAUCAGUCCAUAAAACCUUAGAAAAAUCAGUCUUGAGAUAUUUCUUGGCCCAGUCUUGACGUUUCAGCUUGUGUGUCUUGUUCAGUGGUGGUCGUCUUUCAGCCUUUCUUACCUUGGCCAUGUCUCUGAGUAUUGCACACCUUGUGCUUUUGGGCACUCCAGUGAUGUUGCAGCUCUGAAAUAUGGCCAAACUGGUGGCAAGUGACAUCGUGGCAGCUGCACGCUUGACUUUUCUCAGUUCACGGGCGGUGUUAUUUUGCGCUUGGUUUUACACGCUUUUGGCGUAAUUUUUUUGCUGACUAUUUUGAAUGAAACGCCAUUUGCGCCUGGCGAUCACGCUUGUGAAGCUUUUGGUGUACUUAAGAAAGUGCUGCACUCUCUGCAAGAUAUCUACUGGUUUUUUGACUUUUUCUGAGCUCGUCAAGUUCUUUCUUUGGACCUAUUUUGCUAAAGGGAAAGGAAAGGAAGUUGCCUAAUAAUUAUGCACACCUGAUAUAGGGUGUUGAUGUCAUUAGACCACACCCCUUCUCAUUACAGAGAUGCACAUCACCUAAUAUGCUUAAUUGGUGGUAGGCUUUCGAGCCUAUACAGCUUGGAGUAAGACAACAUGCAUAAAGAGGAUGAUGUGGUCAAAAUACUCAUUUGCCUAAUAAUUCUGCACUCCCUGUAUUGAAAAGUUGAAUAGUUUUGUUGUCAUUACAAAAGAAAGAAAAAAAAACUGAAUAUUGAAGGAUAUAAUUGAUAUGUAUGUGAACAGGUUGUUAAUCCGAGGAGAAAUCUGAUUGCCAUUAUAAAGUCAAAAAGGAUUUUUUAUAUAGUUGUUAUUUGUGGCAUAAUUGGAAAUGGCUACAUUUGUUUUGGGGAUUUUGGGGGCUUUUUUUGGAUUAACAGCAUAAAAGAGUUGUGAAGAGUGAGUAACCUUAUACAGGAUACAGUCCAAAUAAACAAAAAUAUAAUCUAUCAUAUAACCUUUAUUAUAUCUAAUUAAAACUAAUCAAUAUAUCUGCAACACUUUUAAAUAGCACAGAUUAUGGGCACUAUGUGAUGAUGUCAUAUCCUGACAUCUCCACACAUUGGAUGCGUCUCCUACACACCUUUAACCCCUUAAGACCGCAGGACGUUCUAUGCUGACCUUAUUUAGAUGGCUUUAAACGCCGCUGGGCGGCAUAGAACGCCCUGCGAUCUUUUGUACUUACCUGGGAGCCCAGGGAGUCCCCCUCCGUACUCUUCGCCCCCCCUGGGCCAUGGACCUCGCGAUCACAUGGACGGCAUAGCCAUCUAUAGCAAUGCCAGCAGGGGGAGUGCCUGUAAUGACAGGUACUCCCCCUGCUGCCUGAAAUAAAAAAUUAAAAAGUUUAAAACAGUGUAAAAUUAAAUAAUAUAUACUAUAUAAUAUAUGAUCUAAGUAUAUAUAUAUAUACACAUAUACACACAUGCACAUAAAUACACAUACACUGUCUACGUGUAUUUUAAUAUUAAUAUAUACAUAAUUAUAUAUAUAUAUAUACAUAUAUAUAUAUAUAUAUAUAUAUAUUAAUAUCAAAAUACAUGUACAAUGAUAUUAAUUAAAUAUAUAUAUAUAAUUUUCAUUACACCAUAAAACCUGUACAUGGGGGAUACUGUUUUACUCAGAAGACUUCGCUGAACACAAAUAUUAGUGUUUCAAAACAGUAAAAUGAAUUACAACGACGAUAUCAUCAGUGACAGUGACAUUUUUUGCAUUUUUCACACACAAAUGGCACUUACACUGAGAUAUAAUUGUUGUGAUACUGUUUUGAAACACUAAUAUUUCUGUUCAGCGAAGUCUCCCGAGUAUAAAAGUACCCCUCAUGUACAGGUUUUAUGGUGUUUUCAAAAGUAACAGAGUCAAAUAUAAAGCUUGCAUUUCCGUUUUUUCACAUUAAAAUUUGUGAGGUUGCCUUUGAGACUGUACGGUAGCCCAGGAAUGAAAAUUACCCCCAUGAUGGCAUACCAUUUGCAAUAGUAGACAACCCAGGGUAUUGCAAAUGGGGUAUGUUCAGUCUUUUUUAGUAGCAAACACUGGCCAAAAUUUGCGUUCAAAUUAGUUUUUUGCAUUUUCAAAUAUUAACACUAACUUUGGCCAGUUUUUGUGACCAAGUGGCUAGUAAAAAAGACUGGAAAUACUCCAUUUGCAAUACCUUGGGUUGUCUACUUUUGCAAAUGGUAUGCCAUCAUGGGGGUAAUUCUUAUUCCUGGGCUACCAUAUGGUUUCAAAGGCAAUGUAACCAAUCUGGCGAAUUUCAAUGUGAAAAAAAUGAAAUAUGUAACACGCUAUAUUUGACCCUGUAACUUCCCAAAACACCAUAAAACCUGUACAUAGGGGUACUGUUUUACACAUGAGACAUCGCUGAAUACAAAUAUGUGUAUGUUACUGCAGUAAAAGCAAACAGUAUUAUAACAUUUACAGUUAAAUUCCUGCAUAUCCUUGGUGGGGAUUAUACCACCUAAGCUGUUUAUACUGGAGCAAGUUAUAUGCUCUAGAAAGUGUAAGUACAAUACUUUUUAUUAUUGAAUAUACUAUUAGUACUUACUUCACCAUAUUGCUACUAUCUCUUCUUAUAUCUACUAUGCACAUUGCACCUUGAGAACAUCCGUGGCAACUACUACGAAUCCUAAGGCGGGGAUUGUACCGUCCAGGCGCUUCACAGUAGAGCUCUGUUUUAGCUCAUUCAAAUGUGAGUGGACUGUACAUAGCUAUAAUUGUUUAUAUUUAAAAUUUAAAAUUUAAUCUACUGUAUUGCACUAUUAUUUUUUAUCUUAAUUUUUUUCCGAGGCUACGACUGAUUGGAAUAUUCAAGGAUAUAUGUAUGUAUUUUUUGCAUAUAUAAAUUACUAGGCGCGGUAUACGCCUUCUUUUCUUUCUAUUAUUCACUCACAAGGUUGGGGAAUCCUUGUUCUGUAUACUGCUGCCUGAUCACUAUAGUGAGCGCCUAUUAUUUUCUCUUUCUAUUUGAAAUGUCACAUAGAACUAAAAAUGUUUUUAAAAUUCUUAUUUUCUCCAAUUUUUUAAUAUUUUUUUCAUAUUAAAUUAUGUUCCACACCUAAAUAUUUGCUGUUAAAUGAAAGCCCUUUUUCCCCUGAAUAAUAUGAUAUAUAAUAAGUGUGGAUGCAUUUAAUAUGAAUGAGGUGAAUUACGGUUGGACAGACAUACAGCUCAAAUGCCAGGUUUUGUUUACGUUUUGUUUUGAUCACAACUUGUACAUUUGGCCGCGGUCUUAAGGGGCCCCUUAACCCCUUAACCCUUGCCGUUACGGCGUUCUAUGCCGUCGCAGCUUUAAAGGGCUUUAAAGCCGUUGCGGUGGCAUAGAACGCCAUAAUGGCUUAAGCCCAGAGGAGGUAAGAUUUACUUACCUCCGCCACGAUCCUCUUCGGGAGGGCUGCAUGACAGCCCAGGCAGCCCUCCCCCGGCAAAUGAGGCCCCCGGGGGCCAUGUGAUCACUCUCAAAGAGCGAACACAUGGCCCCCUAUAGCUGGCUGUGGAUCUGCCAGCAGGGGGACUGAAAUGUCAGACAGUCCCCCUGCUGGUGGAAAGUGUAAAAAAAAUAUUAAACAUGUAAUAAAUUAAAUGUAUUUAUAUAUAUAUAGAAUACAUAGUGUAUUUUAAUACUAAUAUUAGUAUAUAUAUUAAUAUUAAAAUACACUUAGAAUGACGUACAUAUAUAUAAUAUGUAUAUAUAUUAUAUAUAUAAUAGAUUUAUACACAUAUAUUAUUAUUAUUAUUAUGAUAUUUAUAGAGCGCCGUCAAAUUCGCUUUACAAUGGGUGGACGAACAGACAUGUAUUUGUAACCAGACAAGUUGGACACACAGGAACAGAGGGGAUGAGGGCCCUGCUCAAUGAGCUUACAUGCUAGACGGAGUGGGGUAAAAUUACACAGAAAGGUAAGUAUAGUAUUAGACUAAUGACAGUUGCAGAAGAGGAAUCAGUCAGGAGCUAUUAAUAGUUUAAUUGAUACGCUUUUAUGAAGAAGUGGGUUUUUAACGAUUUUUUUGAAGGAGUGGAGACUGGGUGAGCAUCUAACGGAGGAGGGAAGCGAGUUCCACAGGAACGGUGCAGCCCUCGAGAAAUCUUGAAGGCGAGCAUCAGAGGUGGGAGCACGGACAGAAGAUAGACGUAAGUCUUCAGCAGAUCGUAAGGGCCUAGACGGGACAUACUUGUGUAUAAGGGAGGAUAGAUAGGUGGGAGCAGCAUUAUGUAGAGAUUUGAAAGCAAGAACCAGAAUUUGAAAUUGAGCUCUAUAUUUUAUAGGAAGCCAAUGUAGGGACUGACAGAAGGGUGAGGCAUGGGAGGUGCGGGCGGACAGGAAGAUGAGCCUCGUCGCAGCAUUCAUUAUGGACUGUAACGGCGCUAGUUGGGAGCACGUAAGACCACAACAAGAGGACAUAGUCUUAAAUUAGAGGGACAAAGGUUUAAAAAUAAUAUCAGGAAGUAUUACUUUACUGAGAGGGUAGUGGAUGCAUGGAAUAACCUUCCAGCUGAAGUGGUAGAGGUUAACACAGUAAAGGAGUUUAAGCAUGCAUGGGAUAGGCAUAAGGCUAUCCCAACUAUAAGAUAAGGCUAGGGACUAAUGAAAGUAUUUAGAAAAUUGGGCAGACUAGAUGGGCCGAAUGGUUCUUAUCUGCCGUCACAUUCUAUGUUUCUAUGUUUCUAUGUUUCACUGAGAAGCCGAUUACAGUAGUCAAGGCGAGAAAGGACAGUGGAAUGGACCAACACCCUAGUCGCAUCUGGCGUUAAGUAGGGGCGGAUGCGCGCAAUGUUUUUGGAUGGAAAUAGAUUGAACAUAAGGCUUGAAGGAGAGGUCGGAGUCAAAGAGAACACAUAGGCAGUGAGCCUGCGUGGUGGAGCUGAUGGUAGCACCGUUGACUUGGAUAGGACACUCAUAGGUGUAACAACACUUAAGGGAGGAAAGACCAGAAUUUCAGUUUUGGCCAAAUUUAGUUUAAGGAAGUGGGAAGCCAUCCAGUUAGAAACAGCAGAGAGCCAGUCAGAGACACUAGUCAAGAGGGACGGGGAGAGUUUAGGAGAGGACAGGUAGAUUUGCGUGUCAUCUGCAUAGAAAUGAUAUUGGAAGCCAAAGGAGCUAAUGAGUUUACCAAGGGAGGCAUUAUAGAUGGAGAACAGUAGGGGACCAAGGACUGAACCUUGGGGGACACCAACAGAGAGGAGUUGGGGAGAAGAAGCAGAGCCAGAGAAAGAAACACUGAAAGAGCGCUGGGAGAGGUAGGAGGAGCACCAGGAGUGAGCAGUAUCUUGUAGACCAAUAUUGCGGAGGAUGAGAAGAAGCUGUUGAUGAUCAACAGUGUCAAAAGCCGCAGACAGGUCAAGGAAAAUUAGGAUAGAGUAGUGACCACGAGAUUUUGCAGUGAGUAGAUCAUUGGAUACUUUGGUCAGUGCCGUUUCCACAGAGUGCUUAGUGCGGAAACCAGACUGAAGCGGGUCUAGCAGAGAGUUGGACUCGAGGAAGUCUGUCAAUCUCGCAUACACAAUUUUUCAAGGAUCUUGGAUGCAAAAGGCAGUAGCGAGAUAGGACGAUAAUUGGAUGGGGAGUUAGGGUCAAGAUUGGGCUUCUUUAGAAUUGGGGUUACAGUUGCAUGUUUGAAGGGCAAUGGAAAUAUACCAGAGGAGAGAGAGAGAUUGAGAAUUUUAGUGAGAUGUGGAGAAAGAGAAGAAGACAGAGUACGGAUGAGGUGCGAGGGAAUUGGGUCUAGGGAGCAGGUGGUGGGGCGGGAGGACCGGAGCAGAGCAGAAACCUCUUCCAAUGUAGCGGGUGCGAAUGAACAUAGAACAGCAGAGGGAGUGAAGUUAGGGGAAGUAUUGUAAGGGGAAGAAGAAAGAUGAGAUAUCUCUUCUCUGAUUGUAGAGAUCUUGUCAGUGAAGUGAGUUGCAAAGUCUGAGGCGGUCAAGUUAGUAGGUGGAGGAGGAACAGCAGGGCGAAGAAGAGAGUUAAAUGUGUGAAAUAGUUGUUUGGGUUCGCGGGAGAGUGUGGUUAUGAGUGUAUUGAAGUAAUUAACUUUUGCAGAGGAAAGAACCAAGCUGUAUGAGCUCAGUAUAAAUUUAUAGUGGAGAAAGUCAGAGGCACAGUGAGACUUUCUCCAACAGCGUUCAGCAGUUAUGGAGCAUUUUUGGAGGUAUCGAGUGAGUUUGGUGUGCCAGGGUUGUUGUUGGGGGGGCCUGCGGCGUUUAAAUGUACAAGGUGCCAUGAUGUCUAGUUGAGAGGAGAGGGUGGAAUUGUAGAAGGAGGUUGCAGAACUAGGACAGGUGAGGUUUGAGAAAGGUAAAAGGAGAGUUUGGAGAUUAGUGGAGAAAUGCUCUAGGUCAAGACAUUGGAGUUUUCUGUGAGAGUGAUGUUCAGAUGGUGGUGUCAAUUGGGUCUUGGGUAUGCCAAUGUCAAAAGUCAGCAGAUGGUGGUCAGAUAGAGGAAAGGGAAUAUUGGAGAGAUUAGAGGCAGUACAGAGGUUGGUGAAGGCAAGAUCAAGAGUGUUUCCUGCUGUAUGGGUUGCUAGAUUGGACCAUUGGGUAAGGCCAAAGGAGGAGGUUACAGAAAGCAGACGAGAGGCAUCAGUGCAAUUGGGGUUAUUAAUUGGGAUAUUGAAAUCCCCAAGUAUAAGGGAAGGAGUGCUAGAUGAAAGGAAGUGGGGAAGCCAGGAAGAAAAGUGCUCAAUGAAUAGUCUAGGAUAACCAGGGGGGGGGGCGGUAGAUGAUAGCAAUUCUUAAAGGAGUGGGUUUAAAUAGGCGGACAGUGUGAACUUCAAAAGAAGAAAAGGAUAGGGCAGGGGGAGUUAUGAUUGGUUGAAAGGUACAUUGAGGGGAGAGAAUGAUGCCUACGCCGCCUCCUUUACAGUUGAGUCUGGGAGUGUGAGAGAAUUGUAGCCCACCAAAACAUAAAGAGGCAGGAGUAGCGCUAUCAGAGGGGGACAGCCAGAUCUCUGUAAGUGCAAGCAGUGUGAGUGAGUUUGAGAUAAAAAAAAGUUGUGUAUGGUUGUUGAUUUUAAAUUAUUGCAGAUGGAGCGGGCAUUCCAGAGUGCACAAUUAAUUUUGGUAAGUGAGGGUAAAGGGCAGGGUAUUGUAUUUUAUAUAUAUAUAUAUAUAUAUAUAUAUAUAUAUAUAUAUAUAUAUAUAUAUAUAUAUAUAUAUAUAUAAACGUAUAAUUACAAUAAUAAAUUAUUAAAUAAUAAAAUACAUAAAUAAAAUAUUGAAACAAAAUUUAAUAUAAAUUAUAUAUUCAUAUGUAAUUUCAUUCUAACUAUAUUUUGUUAUUAAUAUAUAUAUAUAUAUAUAUAUAUAUAUAUAUAUAUAUAUAUAUAUAUAUAUAUAUAUAUAUAUUGGUAACAAAAUACACUUAGAAUUACAUUCUAUAUAUAUAUAUAUAUAUAUCUAUCUAUAUAUAAUACAAAUAACCGCAAAUAUAUAUAUAGAUAAAUACAUAUAAUUACAUAAAAGAUUACAUUAGUAUACACGUAGAAUUUAAAUACCUAUAAAUGUAUAUAUAUUAAAAUUCUAUGUGUAUAUUUAAGUAAUCUUUUAACAUAAUUAUGUGAUUUGAUUAAUUAAAAUUUGAUUUGAGAAAGUGCAGAGAAUAUAAUUCGCAAGCACUAUAUUUGACCCUGUAACUCUCCAAGACACCAUAAAACCUGUACAUAGGGGGUACUGUUUUACUCGGGAGACUUCACUGAACUCAAAUAUUAGUGUUUCAAACUGGUAAAUUGUAUUACAACGAUGAUAUUUUAAGUAAAAUUAAAAAUUUUUUCAUUUUGUACAAACGAACGGCACUUUUAUGGACUAUAUUAUUGUUGUAAUAUGUUUUGCUGUUUUAAAACACUAAUAUUUGUGUUAAGUGAAGUCUCCCGAGAAUAACAGUACCCCCCAUGUACAGGUUUUAUGGUGUUUUGGAAAGUUAGAGAGUCACAUAUAAGGCUUGCAUUUCAUUUUUUUUACAUUGAAAUUUGCCAGAUUGGUUAUGUUGCCUUUGAGAGCGUAUGGUAGCCCAGGAAUGAGAAAUACCCCCAUGAUGGCAUACCAUUUUCAAAAGUAGACAACCCGAAGUAUUGCAAGUGGGGUAUGUCCAGUCUUUCUUAGUAGCCACUUAGUCACAAACACUGGCCAAAUAUUAGUUUUUUGCUUUUUUCAUACAAAAAUAAAUAUGAAUGCUAACUUUGGCCAGUGUUUGUGACUAAGUGGCUACUACAAAAGACUAAACAUACCCCACUUUCAAUACCUUGGCUUGUCUACUUUUUUAAAUGGUAUGCCAUUAUGGGUGUAAUUCUCAUUCCUGGGCUACCACACCGUCUCAAAGGUAACAUUACUAAUCUGGCAAAUUUCAAUUUGAAUAUGGAACGUUCUAUAUUUGACCCUGUAACUUUCCAAAACACCAUAAAACCUGUUAAUUGGGGGUACUGUUGUUCUCGUGAGACAUCGCUGAUUACAAAUAUGUGCAAUGUGUUGCAGUAAAACCUAACAGUAUUAUGACAUUUACAGCUAAAAUGUGAGGCGGAACUAUACAUUUUUAAAAAAUUUUUAACAUUUCUCACAGUUUUUUACAUUUUAUUCAUAAUAAAUUAUGUUUCAUAGCUGAAUAUUUAUUAAAUUAAGGCCCUGUUUCUCCUGAACAAAAUGAUAUAUAAUAAGUGUGGGUGCAUUUAAUAUGAAAAAGGUGAAUAACGGUUGAACAGACAUAUAGCGCAAAUUCCAGGUUUUGUUUACGUUUUGUUUUGAUCAGAACGUGCACUAUUGACUCCGUCCUGAAGGGGUUUGGACUGAGCCAAAUGUACACGUUGUGAACAAAACAAAACGUAAACAAAACGUGGCAUUUGCGCUAUAUGUCUGUGCAACCGUUAUUCACCUUUUUCAUAUUAAAUGCACCCACACUUAUUAAAUAUCAUUUUAUUCAGGGGAAACAGGGCUUUUAUUUAAACAUUUAACUAUGAAACAUAAUUUAAUGUGAAAAAAAUAUUUUAAAAAUGGGAGAAAAUUAGAUUUUUUUAGUUCUAUGUGACAUUUUAACUGUGAACGUCAUAAUACUGUUUACUCCAAUGAAAUACACACAUUUUUAUUCAGUGAUGUCUCAAGUUACAGAGUCAAAUAUAGCAUGUUACAUUUUUCAGUUUUUUCAUAUUGAAAUUCGCCAGAUUGAUUACGUUGCCUUUGAGACCAUAUGGUAGCCCAGGAAUGAGAAUUAUCCCCAUGAUGGCAUACCAUUUGCAAUAGUAGACAACCCAAUGUAUUGCAAAUCGGGUAUGUCCAGUCUUUUUUAGUAGCCACUUGGUCACAAACACUAGCCAAAGUUAGCGUUAAUAUUUGUUUGUGAAAAAUGCAAAAAAACUAAUUUGAACGCCAAUUUUGGCCAGUGUUUGUGACUACUAAAAAAGACUGGACAUACCCCAUUUGCAAUACCUUGGAUUGUCUACUAUUGCAAAUAGCAUGCCAUCAUGGGGGUAAUUUUUAUUCCUGGACUACCAUACGGUCUCAAAGGCAACAGAACCAAUCUGGCAAAUUUAAUGUAAAAAAAAUGAAACGCAUGCCUUAUAUUGACUCUGUAACUUUUGAAAACACCCUAAAAUCUGUACAUGAGGGGUACUGUUAUACUCGGGAGACUUCACUGAACACAAAUAUUUGUGUUUCAAAACAGUAAAAAGUAUCACAGCAAUAAUAUUGUCAGUGUAAGUGUAAGUACAUUUUACUGUUUUGAUACACUAAUUUUUGUGUUCAGCGAAGUCUCCUGAGUAGAACAGUACCCCCCAUGUACAGGUUUUAUGGUGUCUUGGAAAGUUAUAGGGUUAAAUAUAGUGCUACCAAAUUAAAUUCCUGGACUUUCGGCCUGGGUGUCAGGCAGGUCCCGAAAAUUGUAAUUAAUAAAAUGACCUAAGUAUGUAAAAAUAUUAUAUAAACAUAUACGAAGAAUUAAUAUAUAUAUAUAUAAUUUUUAAAAUUAUUUUUAUUUAUAUAUAAGUAUAUAUAGUGAUAUAUAAGUAUAUACUUAUGUAUAUAUAUAUAUAUAUAUAUAUAUUAUUUCGUUCUGCGUGUAUUUUGAUAUCUAUAUAUAUAUAUAUAUUAAUAUCAAAAUACAGUUAGAACGUAAUUACAUUUGUUUUUUAAAACUAUUCAGUUUUUUAUAUUAUAUAUAAAUAUAUAUAUAAUUAUAUAUAUACAUAUAUUUAAUCAAUAUCAUUGUACGUGUAUUUUGAUACUUAUAUAUAUAAUUAUAUUUAUAUUAAUAUUAAAAUAUACUUAUACAAUGGAUGACCUCGUGAUCACAAGGCCCAGGAGGGCCGGAAUGGAAGCAGGGGGACUCCCUGGGAUGCCAGGUGAGUCCCCCCACCAUGAUUGCCAGUGUGUGGAUCACUGGCGACCGGGUAAGUGAAUAGGACGGCAGGGACAUUCUAUUCCGCCCUCUGGUGUUUAGGACCGAGUCCCCAAGGACGGCAUAGUAGGGGGUGCGAAGUUUAUCUCACAUUGCUAUUUACAGCCUGGCCAUUUUUAUUACACACUACCUUAAUGAUAGAACUUCAUCAAGAGCAGGACCUUAUAAGAAAAUAAUCCAUAUGUUAAUUGCCAAUAAAAGGGACUGGAUUCCAAUUUAAAACUUUCACAUUAUUAAACAUAUAUUCAGCCUUACCCUCCAAUUUACCAAGUCAACAGACAUUCAUAUCUAGCGUUCAAAGGUUCAAAUGAAAUAUUAAGUAAUUCAAUGCUGUUCUGCAAUACAAAUAUAAAUGACACCAAGAACAUAGUUCAAACCAAAUCACAUGACAUGUGCACAGUCGUUAUUCGGCAUGUGCUAAAACCUUAAUAAAAUAACUCUGUGACACCAUUUCUGUUGGAGUAUAAAGUCCACAGCUUUAUUAAAAAUUUUAAUUCAACAAUUUAACAAUUUAGGGUCAUUGUCACAAGUAUUAAUUAUGUCCGACCUUCUUGCCCAAUACCCCCGACAAUGACCCUACCAAAUAACAUAAUAAAACAUUCCAAUAAUACAUAACGUUUAACCCAUGGCCUACCAAAGAGGCCCCAUAACCAUAUGUUUAACUGUAGGGGUGUACCCAGACACCCCUACACCCCCAGAUUCGUAGCCACCAACGAGCUAGAACCUACAAACCAUUUUCCACUUCGGCAUAGUCCAGCCUAGACCUUGGCCUGCCCACUUCCUAUUCCACCUAAAUCCUCUUUAACCCAGGCCCUAUUCCCGCCGUUGUGACCAAACGGGAAACUACCUACCAAACAAGACAACCGAACACAAAGGGAGGAUGGGAGGGACAAGUAUCAAGUAAGUGUGAUUUUGAUUAAAAAGGCCAGUUCACCAAAUUGGCUGUUAUUUAAACCCUUAUUCUCCUCCCCCCCCUGUCCAGACAUUACUUUUCCACACUCCUUGACCUUAACUUCACCUGCCAACUCUCUGGCCCUGUCAAGGCCCACUCCCCUCCUGUGUUGCUCCAUGGGCUUCAAGCGUGUUCUUGUCAAUAUGGAUCUAGGACUUGUAGGAACAUUUCUUCUGAUCGUCUGUAUCACGGUUCUGUUGUAUUUAAAUUCGUGGAGAAGCCACAUCAAGAAGGGAAAUCUGCCCCCUGGACCUACAGCUCUGCCCCUGUUGGGAAAUAUUCUCCAAAUUAGCACUAAGGAAUUGCCCCAGUCCCUGCUUCAGGUGAGUUUUAUUUCACUAAAAAAUAUUGCGAGGUCCAUCAAAACAACAAUUAAUUUCUCUUACAGGCUGUUUAAAAAGGAUUUUCUGAAUUGAUGGUUGCUUAAAGGGAAACUGUUAUUAAAUAGGUAUUUAUGAAAACAAUUGUGAAAAGUAAAAUGUAGAAAUGUACACCUCUUUAUCCUGCAACUGGGCACCUCCACCUUCAUUGCCUGUCAAGCAUUGUUAUCAUGUCUUUACACCUGGCAGUCAGCGGAGAGAAGGCUUUGCCUUGUCUCAACUGGAUCAUGAUCAUUGCUAAAACUUUAAAAUAUAUUUAAAAUGUAUUCAAUUGUGUAAUUGACAGACAAGUGACAGUUCCCCUUUAAUUUAUCUGGGAUUGCUGAAUAUAUAAUAAGAAAGAGAUUCCAUAUUAAUCCUAAUACAAUUGAUGAAUGGAAUGUUUAAUCUUUUUUCUAAAUAUUUUUUUCCAAUGCUCCCUAUAUUAUUUAAUAUUUUGCAGUCUACCCAUCUCCUUCACAUGUUGGUGCAUUUAAGUACCUAGAAUCAAUAUUGCCAAGAUCUGCAUUUUUAUUUCACAGACUGCGUUUAAAUUGAAUAGAGUGAGUUUAAUUCUGUGAAUUUAACAUUUAGGCUUUAUUUAAUGUACACCUAGAAAAUAAAACUAUCCAUUCAUCCAUCCACAAACCCACCCACCUACCCACCCACCCACCUACCCAUCCAUAUCCACCCACCUAUCUAUCUAUCUAUCUCAUAUCAAAAUUGCCCGUAACAGAAUCUGAGUCUCUUGCUUUUUGGAAUUGCGUAAAACAGUUCUUCAAAAUAACAACUUACAUAACGGUAACAGUAAUUCAUAACAUCUGGGAAGACUGCUGGGUAAUGCAAGUCUUGGUUUUCUUUGACAUAUUGCUUGACAUAUCACUAAUGGGAGUGGGAAAAAAAGAUAGAGAGACUGGAGCUGUGGGGUGUUACAACCUGUCAAGAACUGUGGCUGUAGCAUGAAAGGAAGCAUGUAUGUAUGUGACUGUAGUGUAGUGUGUUUGUGUGCGUGUGAGUCUUUGUCUAUAUAUGUUUUUGUGUAUCUGUUUGUGUUUCAUUCCCUCACAAAGAUCUAUCUAUCUAUCUCUCUGAAGCUGAGUGAGAAAUAUGGACCCGUGUAUACGAUUUAUCUGGCUAAUAAACGAGUAGUCAUACUUAUUGGAUAUGAAACGGUGAAAGAGGCUCUCGUUGAUCACAGUGAUGCAUUUAGCGACAGAGGUAGCACAUACCUUUUUGAUUUUAUCUUCAAAAAUUACGGUAAGAAUCCAAGUAUUAUAUUUUAAUGGUCUGAAGUCCUACACCGCAAUACUUUACAAAAAAUAAUCUAAACAAAAUAGUUGCACAUUGUUUCUCUAUUAAUAUUUACAUCAGCAAUUUAAUGCUGUUAAUUCGUCUAACCCUAUGUACAUAUAUUGAAUGUGGCAAAACAUUUUACCACUACAACUUUCCCUGGCAGUGAAUUACAUAUCUUGACUGAUCUUACUAUAAAUAACAAUGUUUGUUCUGACAUGGAAGCCUCAAUAUGUAUAAAUAAACCUUAAUUUAGUGAAUAAAUAAAUAAAUAAAUACGUCCACUGUAAAUUCAUGGGAAAUCCAUCAGGAAAAUUUUAAGGGCAGAAUGGUAAGGGUCCGUGGCAUUUUGAAGUGUAUUUGGACCUUUUUAGAAGUCAUUAUGAGUAAUGCAGAGAGGUAGGGAAUGAUGCAUUGAUUCUUCCUGAUGGCUAGAAUAAUAUUCUCCAAAGCUUUUAGUGUAAUAACUAUUUGCUAAAAAUGGUGGCAUCCAGUAUAUUUCUCGUUGUGGUUGUUUGUAGGAGUGAUCAUGAGCAAUGGGGAAAGGUGGAAGGCAAUGCGGAGAUUCGCUCUCAUGACACUGAGAAAUUUUGGAAUGGGGAAGAGAAGCGUUGAGGAGAGAAUCCAAGAGGAAGCUCAGUAUCUUUCUGAAGCCUUCAGGAAGUAUAAAGGUCAGUAGAAGCUGCAAACCUAUAUUGGAAACAUAAUCUAAGCAAAAUUCCUCCUACUCUCCAUCUCUGGUCUUCCAGGAUGGAGGAACUCAGAGCCACAGGACACAUGACAUUCAGUUUACAGAAAAAAAUGACAACUUAUACAUAAGUCUGGUCUCACUGGAUACUCACAAUUUCAGAUGAUACCUUCAAAUGCUUGCUAACUAAUUUAUUAUUAUUACUAUUAUUAUAUCAUUAUUAUAAGUUUUAUUUAGUAUUAUUUGUAAAGUGUCAGUUAAUUACGAAGGGUUGCACAAUAGAUGAUCAACAGAUAUGUAUUUGCAACAAGAUGGAAGUACAGGAACAGAGGGCAUUGAGGGACCUGCUCAAAUGAGUUUACAUUCUAGAAGUGAAGGGUAUGAUGUAUUUAAUAUACACUAUACACUAAUUUUGUUUCGGUUCGGAAAUUCAGGUAAGUAACAAAAUGUGUCUUCUUUGGCAAUUCGGACCAAUUGCAUUCUGUUCGGUUCGGCACUUCAGAACUAUGGCGCUUUGGAACUUCGGCACUUCAGACAUUUGUAAGCAUCCAAUUUGCACAUGUCUGUGGUCACAUGAAUACAAGCCAACACCCUGGAAGCCUAAUUUAUAUACUAUCCCACCUAAACGACUCUGUGUGCCAAGUGUCAGUGACAAAAUCACCAAUAUUGUAAAGCACUACGAAAUCUUUUGUCGCUAUAUAAAUGGCAAUAAUAAUAAUAAUAAUUGGCUGUCCUCUUACAUCAAUCACAAAUAUUUUAAGAUUCCUUUCAUCAUUUACGUAAUUUUCCCGCCUUCUCUCUUGUUUUGCCACUUUUCAGAAAUCUGAAUCACUUCGGCACUUCGGAGCUUCGGAGUGUCCGAGUUUCGGCGUUUCGGAGCUUCGGCACUUCCGAACUACUGAACUUCGGAACUUUGGCACUUUGGACAUUCGUAAACAUGUGAAUGUCCGAAUGGCAUGAAAUUUGUGUGAAUAUACAUUCGGAACGAAACGAAUCGCACAUGUCUAAUGUACAUGAAAAAGUUGGUUACUAAAAUAGUUUACAGUGAAGGGUUAGGUUUUUGGAUGGCACAGUGGCAGGAUAGAAAGCAGGUUGGCUUACCAAGGCAUGAGGAGGGAAUACCAUUCACAGUUUAAUAGAUUUGCUUUCCUGAAGAAGUGAGUUUUUAGUGAUCUUUUGAAGGAACUGAGAACGGGUGAGAGUUUAACAGAGCAGGGAAGGGAGUUGCACAGGAACAGUGCAGCCCUAGAAAUCACAAUAGUCAAGUUAGUAAGGGGAAUCUCUGUUGUUAUGCCUUACAUUCUCCAGGUUGCACCUUAGACCUCAAUAUACACCUAUAAACAAGUUUCUUUUGUGUUUGUUGUAAUACCUUUUCAGUUUUGACACUUGUUAGACUAAAAAAAACUUGUGAUUUACAAAAAAAUAAAUAGUACUGGACAUUUAUAUGAUAAUCAGCAAUAACAAGAGCAAUUAUGUGGAGAGGAGGAUAUGACAUUACUUAAAUGGAUUACUCUAUGACAAGUCUCACACGAUGUUACUCGCAAUCAACUACUAUAUAUUUUACUGUGGAAUGUUGUAGAAUUUGUUGCACUUUAUACAUCACAUAAUAAAAUCUGCAUAAUGGAGGAUGUGGUGAUGUGUGGUGCAUAGCAUAUAGUAUAUAACAGUAUAUAUGUUAUAGCCUUAUUUUUAUCCCAGGGAAUUAAUAGUAUUUGAUCAUUGUUGGUGGGUGAGCAUUUAUUUUCCAAACAUUCCAUUCACACUUUUACAAUCAUUAUAUACUUAUUUCCUUUAAUAAAGUAGGCACUGCUCAGUCUAUUUAAUCUCUUGGAAAUGUGUUCAAUUUGCAGUAAAAUUAUAUUAUUCUUUGACGAACACAAUUUUUGAGUAUUUAACUUGUUCUUGCAUGGAGUGUUCUGAGAUAUUGUUUUUUUUUUUAAAGAUGAUACAUUUUAUGUACUUGUAUUCCAAGUAUAUCUUUUAACAUUUCCUAUAAUUCUAAUAACAGAGACUCCUUUAGAUCCCAUAACUCUCCUGGGACAAGCAGUGUCCAAUGUGAUUGUAUCUAUUGUAUUUGGAGAAAGAUAUGACUACGAAGACAAGAAAUUUCAGAAACUUUUGGCAUAUGUUAGAGAUAUCGGUAGACUGGUAAAUUCUCCUUCUGGUCAGGUGAGUUUUGGCUGAUAACAUAUGUGACUAUCGGUGCAUAUUAUGAAAAUAUUAUUCAAUUAAUCUUGACAAAUAUACCCAAAAAGCACACUAUAGUUAUUAAUUUGUUUUCCUUAGAGGAGUUCCAUCUUUAUUUAUUAUUAACCAUCUGUUUUCUAUUAUAGCUGCUCAACAUUUUUCCACAUGUGGGGAGAUGGAUCCCUGGACCUCACCAGAACAUUUUCACAAUUCUGAAUAAACUCAGAGGGUUUUUUAAAGAUCAGGCACAAUCUCACCGAAAGACUCUGGACACAAACUGCCCACGGGACUUCAUAGACUGCUUUCUGAUAAAGAUGGACCAGGUAGGACACUGUAAUAUAAGAAUUGUUCAGUUCUAAAAACAUCUAGAAUCUACAAUUAGUAUCUCUGAAAAUGAUUGGAAAAGAAGCUUUAUCAUAAUUUUACAUACUGUUCUAGGAGAAAAAUAAUCGCACUACUGAAUUCCAUGAUGAGAAUUUAUUGUCUACCAUAAUGGAUUUAUUCUUUGCCGGCACUGAGACUUCAAGCUUAACACUAAGAUAUGGCUUCCUGAUACUUCUUAAAUAUCCAGAGAUACAAGGUAUUAUUACUAUUAUAUGUUACCCUUUAUAAAGGGGUACAGAUAGUGCUCAGAGUAAACACUAUUAGUUUGUUUAGAUUAUAUUUCUCUUAAUUAACUGCUAGGCCAUAGUGUAAAGACAUAAAAGGAAGACCCUGGGAGCACUAGACACCUAAGGUCAACAAUUAGGACGUCCCUCGAACUGAAAAGUGAAUGUAUUAAAAUGUAACUUUUAUUGCUUUGUUAAAAUUAAAAAAUAUGAAACUGAUCAAUAACAAACAUAUAUCCAAAAAUAAUCGAAAAAACAAAAACAAAAGACUAGUAAAAGAAAUACUAUGAUAGGCUAGAAAGGUGCGUGGGGCCAGACCUAUACUUAGGAAGUGUCCAAAUGGCUGGUGACUAAUCUCCCAGGUGUCUCACGGGCAACACCUGUACAAAAGUCUGUAGCUCAAUGAAAUAAUAGGUCAAAAUAGGGAGGAAAUAGCACAGGGAUUUGCUGUAGUUCUAGUAAAAGAUAAAUGUGCUGUGUGAAAGGCGCUUAGAAAAUGUGAAUAUAGUACAAUACACAGUAUAUUAGUAGCAGCUUGCACACCAAAAGUAGGAACUCUUCAACCUACUUAUAAUCAAAUGUAUAGGAAAAAACACUAUAGUGCAAAUACAUGCAGAAAACAGUGCAAAGGUGGAGCGCUAAAAAAUAGAAACACACACUUACUCCUGCAACUUUCAGGAGGUUAUGGAAAUGAUGGUAAUGAGAUCCUUUAAAUUGCCAUAUUCAAUGAGAGACCUCAGAAUGGAGACAAAAAUAGGAGAAAUAGGGAAGCAAAGCUAACCCUAGUGCAGAUAUCCUUAAUAUAGUAGGUAAUCAGGUGAGAAAAAUAACAAUUUACUUCUCACCUUGUCAGGAGCCUUUAACUGGGCUCCAAGUGUAUAAGCACAGUGUCAAUUAUAGAGUGACACUUCCCUUCUUGAUAGCAGCAUAAAUAUAUCACUAGUCAACUUGGUAACAGAAAUAAACAUUUAUUGCAACUUAUUAAAAACAAAUAAAAUCUGUAUACUCAAGUGCCAGUGCUGUGUCCAAGACGCGUUUCGCCGAUAUACUGUUCGGCUUUCUCAAUUGGUGGACAUAAUGCUGCUAAACCAAGGUUUAAAUACCCAUUAGUAGGGGGCUAAUUGGAGGGGAACGUCCGUGAUACAUCCAAUCACGGCGUUAGUCCCAGUGUGAAGCCCAGCUGCUUCCGAUAUCCCUGAUACCAUGACGUCAUCACGCAUGACGCCUCGUGCGCGUGACGUCACUUACGGAAGUGGGCUACGAUCAUGCACAAUUACAUACAAUAUCACAUACAAAAGUUUAUAAUAAAACAAUUUGGCGAAUAUCAUAGGAAAGUCCUAUUUAAUUGAAUCAAUUUAUCCAGUCAUUGGUGAUGUUAGGACCAUUUUGCUUGGUGGGUAUCCUCAAUGAUAUUGCGGCCAUCUUGCUUAAGGGCAAAUCCAUUCGGUAUCCAAGUUCAGAUCACUGAUUGUCCAAUAUCCCAGAAAUGUCCAUAAAUAUAAAUAGUUCUCCGAAAUAAAUAUAAAUAGUUCUCCAAUGAUCGUGGUAUUAUACUUACCAGUCACUAUAGUAAAACUUCGGUUUAAUUUUUGGACCUUAAUAAAUAUGUGGAGGAUGAUAUACUGAAAUCUUGCACUUUCUUUAAAAGCGUGAUGACGUCAUGGUAUCAGGGAUAUCGGAAGCAGCUGGGCUUCACACUGGGACUAACGCCGUGAUUGGAUGUAUCACGGACGUUCCCCUCCAAUUAGCCCCCUACUAAUGGGUAUUUAAACCUUGGUUUAGCAUCAUUAUGUCCACCAAUUGAGAAAGCCGAACAGUAUAUCGGCUGUAGUUCUCGUACCUCAUUCUAUAUGUACUCUUUAUUCAGCCCUUGGAGUUUCUGUGCAGGAUGGAUCAACAUAGUAUGACACCCUGAGGUGUGCUAAAUAAUAAUGAUAUAUUACAGUGUCCUACCUGGUCCAUCUUUAUCAGAAAGCAGUCUAUGAAGUCCCACGGGCAGUUUGUGUCCAGUGUCUUUCGGUGAGAUUGUGCCUGAUCUUUAAAACACUCUUGGAGUUUAUUGAGAAUUGUGAAAAUGUUCCGGUGAGGUCCAGGGAUCCAUCUUCCCACAUGUGGUUUAUAAGAAACAAAGAUGGAUUUCCUCUAAGGAAUACAAAUCAAUAACUGUAGAGUGCUUUUUGGGUAUAUUUGUCAAAAUUAAUUGAAUAAUAAUUUCAUAAUAUGUACCGAUAGUCACAUAUAUUAUCAGCCAAAACUCACCUGACCAGAAGGAGAAUUUAUCAGUCUAACGAUAUCUCUAACAUAUGCCAAAAGUUUUAGGGGUCUAUAGAACUUUAGUGAGGGUUAUCCCCUAUAGGUUCGUCCCUGACACACAACCACUAGAUCCCCCAAGGGGUUACUAGAUCUCAGUUCAAUAGGCCAUAGUGUGACCCAUGUCUUCUUUCUUUCAAGAGACAUGUUCUAUAGUUCUGACUGAGCAAACAUUUGACAGAAAUGGAAAUGAAAAUGUCUUGCUGAUUGGACCGAGGCUUCCUGUUCACAGCAUGGUAGAUAGAUUUAAUUUUAAAGACUUUUAUGAAUUAUACAGAGAUGAAAAGAUCAAAUCACAAGCAAGCAGUAAGGAAAAUACAACUGAAGAAGUGUGAGUUUUAAGAAACUUGCCAUAUACAUGGUGAUUCUGAUAAAAUAGCAUAAUAUACAUUAUUCAAAUAACUGCUUAUUUAAUAAUUAUUAACACAUCCAGCAGCUUGACAUUUCUGGAUUAUUUUUAGAAUAUAGAAUAUAGAGUUCUUUUACCAUUAAAUUAUAUCCAUUAUUUUUAAAUCGAACAGCUUAUCAUCACUAACCCUGGUCAGUGUCAUUAGGAAGGACCAUGGCAGCAGUUGUGAUUUAAAGAAGAGUAUACUUUAAUCCAAAUUAUAAAUCUAGUUGCAGUCUUUUUGUUGUUGUUUUUUUUCCUAUGGGUAUGUUUUAUAUUUCUGUGAUUACAUUGUCUUUGGUCUAUUUCAUUCAGAAAGGAUCCACAAAGAGAUAGACCGUGUGAUUGGCCAUGAUCGCUGUCCAUCAGUAGAGGACCGUAGUGAGAUGCCGUACACAGAGGCUGUGAUCCACGAAAUCCAAAGAUUUGGCGAUAUUGUGCCUCUGGGAGUACCGCAUGCAACCAGUAAAGACACGACCUUCAGAGGAUAUGACAUUCCUAAGGUCACUGACUUUACGUAAUAUAUAGAAAGUAAUUAAAAUUGGGAAAUUUAGAGUAAUUAUUAUUAUUAUUGCCUUUUAUAUAGCGCCAACUUAUUCCUCAGUGCUUUAUAAUAUUACAAGGAUAUAGAAGUGAUAUUAAUAAAACAAUUGUAAAAUAUUGUAGCCAUAUGUAAAUGAGAUGGGUAGAUAACUAGAUAUUUAGACAGACAGAAAGGAAGAAAGAUAGAUAGAUGGCCAUAGAUUCCCCAUCACUUCUCAAGGAAUGUACAGGGAAUGUUGAUCAUCAAGUUUUUAGGACACUGAUUUGAUUUCGUUAAAUGUUGGAAAAUAAUGAACACGCCAUAUGACUGCUAUGUGUUUACAGAUAUAUCUUUAUAUUUGAAUUACAGGGUACUAUGAUUUUCCCUAUACUGACUUCUGUCCUGAAGGACCCCAAGUACUUCAAAAACCCCAAUUCAUUUGACCCUGAUAAUUUUCUGGAUGAAAACGGCUGCUUUAAAAAGAAUGAAGCGUUCAUACCAUUUUCUGCAGGUAAAUACAGUGUAUCAAAGUAAAUUCUACCGUGUGGACAGACAUGUGUGAGUACGUUUGUGUUUAUGUUUGGAUAAGGCUGUAGGAUACUUGAAAAGAUUUAAGGUUUUUUGAAUCUUUAAAAUUGAAAGAUUGUAAUUAAAACAUUUACUAUGAUAUAAUUAUUUUUUAACAAGUUAGCCAAAUGACAUAUCAGUCUUUCUACAUUUUGUGUUAAUAUUUUGUUGAAGCUACAUUCAGUGCAUAUCUUUCCAUAAUUCACCCUCCAGGUAAACGUGUGUGUGCAGGGGAGGGUUUGGCUCGUAUGGAGAUCUUUCUAUUCCUCACCACCAUCUUGCAGAAGUUCACCUUAAAGCCAACAGUGAACAAAAAGGACAUUGAAAUAACUCCAGAGCCAGGAAGCAGCGCUACAAGACCUCGCCUAUACCAAAUGUAUGCUGUGCCUCGCUCACAUCCCUAGAUGGGCUAAUUAAUCAUCAAUAUUAUGAUAACUUGAUAAGAAACACACCAUAUUGAAAAUAUUCUACUUAAAAUAUUGAAUGACCUUUUCCUUUUCUUUUUUGCUCUUUUGACAAGUUGAGUAUGUUAUUCCUUUGAUUCUUGUCUUAUUAUUUCAGUCAGUAGCCCAUGGCUCACAGUGAGCACCAGCUGUCAUGUGAAUAUUUUAAUGUGGACAUCACAUCACAUCAGAAAUCUAACACCUCCCCACAUUCAAAUGUGUUUUGUUGCCUUUGUAAAAAUUUUAAAAACUUUGGUUUAAUAACAACAGUAAUUAUGAUUGUAAAAUGACUUUAUGGUGCAUUCCACUCAUACAGCUGUACAAAUAUUAAACUUAUCUUCAGCAAAAAAAAUGUUUCAAUUGAACUACUUUGUCGAAUUAUUUUUUUUUUUUAGACUGGCUGAAUUUUGGUCACAUGAAGAUUUGGCUAGUUCGAAUUUAGGUAAUGAAAAGGAGUCAAUUAUAUAUAUAUUUUUAAAUUUAUCAAAAAUGUAGAAUUUAUAGUUCUAGAAAUAUAAACAUAUUUUUAUUUUAUAUACUUGAUCUGUGAAUAAAGUUGAUAUUUAGUGACUGUUCCAUCAAUUAUCAUUUUUUACCACCAACUAUCCCUUUUUUUUUCUUCAUGUUUUCAUGUAUAAUCUUUAUUGAUUUUCAUAAAAAGGUAAAACCAAAGGGGGUACAGAACAAAGAUAAGUAGGGGGAUAAUCGAGUAGAUACGUUUCUAAAGCAUACUACCAUGUACCUAUGUCUUAACCAAUUUAUGCAAAUAAUGUUCAAUCGUAUGCAUUACCUUUGCAAUAAUACCAUAUGUGUAAUAGUAUGCAUAACAUAAAUUAUACGUAUACAAUCAUGUAUAUACAAAUACCUAUAUAUGUCACACCAGCAACCACAGAGCCUCAUCAUCCUAUUAUGGGAACCAUGUGGUGGUAACAAUAUGUAGAAUCAACUAUUUGGUAAAGUAGUCGAAUUGCUUGGUGCUAUGGUAUAGGUAUAGGAUGCCUCGGUAAUUGUUAUAAUUGUUAUAAUCUGUGCUCGAUUUGUUGCCGUCUCUUUUAUAAAGUGGUGGAUUUACUUAGCGUAUGACCUGUGUGCAUCUCUCGAUCAGAGGUAUGUGAAGAGGAAAAGUAGAGAGAAGAAGUAGGAAGGGAGGGAGAAAAGAGGAAAGGGGAAAGGGGAAACCCUCAUAUGCUAGAAGAACGUGCAGUUAGGGUAUAUGAAGUUUAUUUCGUUAUUUUAGACCAGACUGGCAUAUUGUUUAUGUGCGGUUUCCCAAUUGCUCCAUUGAUCAUGAAAUUUGGUCAAAUUUCCCUUUUUCGCCCAUUCACUUUUGUGAUGGUAAGUAGUGUUGACUCUACGAAGUAUCUCUGGUACAGUGGGACAAAUGUCACUUUUCCACUGAGCCACAAUGCUUAUUUUGGCUGCUAAUAAGAUAUUGAUAACUGCUUCUUUAGAAGGGAUAUGGUCUAAGUCAGGUAUUAGAUGAAGAAGAUAACUAGCUGGGCUAAAAUGGAUUGGUGUCUGGCUUUGGUUUCUGGUAUCCAGUACUCUUUUUACAAUUCUUGUUUAGUUUUCUUGGUUUUUUGGUUUUCUAUUCUAUGUCUGGUUUUCUUUAUGCUGGGAUUUCUGGGUUCAUUCCUGUAUUCCGUCCCUGGAAUUCCCAGUCUCUUGGAUUCCUUUAAAUGUUUGUUUUAUGUUGCCACACCCGUUUGAUUUCCAUCAUUCCUUUUGUUUCAGCUUGGACCUGCAGCAGUGUUUCAAGUCUCUGCCCUUUCUUGCAGGUAAGUGCUAUUGUGGUUUAGUAUGGUUCUUUUAGCGAACAUUAGGCAGUUUUGUUUUCAUGUUUGGUGCCUAUCCUAGUCUUGCCUUGUUUCUGUACUGGAUACAUGUCUGCUGCAGAGCCUCCCUAUUCAGCUCCUGGGAGGUCUGCUUAAUUCCAAGCUUCAAGUUCCUGGGAUCCACUGUAGCUGCAUCAGGGACCUGGUAUGUGGCCACACAAACUGGAAACUUUUAAGAAUUGAACUGGGGAGGGUAAUGGGUAGUGUUCUGUAUAGAUAAAGUAUAUGGGGUAAUACCAUCAUUUUUAUAGAAUUUACUCUACCUAUCCAAGAUGUAUUAAAUUUGUCCCACGAUUGCAUCUAAUUGGAGAUUUUAGUGAGCACUGCUUCGUGGUUUUCCUUUAUAGUUUGUGAUUUAGAUUGAGUUAGUUUGAUGCCCAGAUAACUAAUAGAAGUUUUGCGCCAAUCAAAGGAGUAUUGUGACCUCAAGGUAUCUUUGGUGUGAGGAUCAAGGUUUAAGGGAAGUAUCUGAGUUUUGCUGAUAUUGUUUUUGUAAAAUGAAAUACUACCAUCUGAGACCAGGGUAUCUAAAAGGAAGGGUAUGGGUUAGCGAGUAAGAGUAUAAUAUUGUCUGCAAAUAGAGCAAGUUUUUUUUUUUCCCCUGCAGGAGUUGAUAGGCCUGGGAGUAAAGGGUCAUUGUUCUUAUGAGUGGUUCUAGGCAAAGAAUGAAUAUGAAAGGGGAAAGAGGACAUCCCUGUCUCGUCCCGUUGGAUAUGUUGAAGCUCCUAGAUAUGAAGCCUGUGUUGAAAGCUUUUGCUGAGGGUGACAAGUAUAGGGCCAUUAUGCCUAUGAUAAAAAGUUCUGAAAAUUCAAAGGCUUUUAGUGUGGCUUCCAUGUACGUCCAGUUAAGGUGAUCAAAAGUCUUUUCUGCAUCUAGGGCCAUUAGUGCCCCAAUUUAACCUUGAUGGUUAGCCCAAUCAAUUAAGUCCAUGCAGAAUCUGGUGUUGUCCACUACCUGCUUACAACGAUCCCUUUUUUUAGUGACAUGAGGGAAUUCCAAAACACAAAUGAAAACACUCUCUUCCAGAAAGAGAGUCUAAAGAGUUUUGCUUCCCUUACAGCAUAGUGUGUUUAGUUUAGAGUUUCCUAUCUCCUGCUGAUGAUUGUCUGCAAGAGCCUAGAGCCAACUCCUGUUCAUGAUUAAAGUUUAAAUAACAGAGCAGAAUAUAUGUACUUCUAAAGUAUACAUACUGCUCUGUAAGAUCUGAUUUCAAAUAAAACAAUUUUCAUGGAGGCUGUAUGAAUCACAUCCAGGGGAGCCGUGGCUAGGAACGCAUAAACAGAAACAAAAGUGAUUUGACUCUUAAUUGUCAGAUAAUUUAGAUUGCAGGGCAUGAUUUAUACACUUGCUUCAUUAAGCUAAAGGUGUUUUGUUGUUCCUUUAUUACUACUUAGAUUAUUGUACGCCUCCCAACAUUCCCAAUUUCACCAAGACAGUCAUGCCCCACCAUUCAGAAGUUAUUCCCUGGUGUCUUGCUUUUAGGGACACAAGCGAAUGUCCCCAUAAAGUGAAGCGCAAGUGCAUCAUUCAAUGAGAGAGCACCGUGCUCAGGGUACAAGGUCACUAAUGUUGAAAUAGUGCUCCCUGUAGGGUCCACCCUCAGUGUGCUGGCCUGUCUGAUUGGCAGGAAGUCUGGCAUUGGCAUUGACAGUGGCUCACCUCCUUUUACAUCAGCCAUCAGUAUCCUAUUUCUCAGAACACUGAUGUUGGGGGAGGGGGGUGUCAUUGCAAUAAACACAUUCUAUCUGACUCUGUACUUUCUAUAUUACGUUAGAGGUCUAUCAUUCCUCCUUUAUCCAAUCUAUACCUUUAUCAUGGUCGGGCGUAAGGCUCAUACUAGAUGUUAUCUCCGUCACUUGCAAUGGCUGAUAUGAUAUGGAGCAUUGCAGCUGAUUUGCUUUUGUCUCCAUGCAGCUUAUAAAAUCUGUGAAAAGUUCCAAAUAAAUCCUCUGGAUCUGUGUUACGUUAUUCUGUCUGGGCCAUGUGUCCCCUGCCUUGGCUAUAGAGCACUCACAAAAGAGCUCAGGAGGAAAUAUCAAUAAGAGAUAUCAAUAAUAAAUAACAACAAUAAAUAAUGAACUAGUAAGUAAGGCACAUUGAGUAGGACCUUUCAGUGGGAUGUAAAGAUCAUUAGGUAUUUUCAUUACCUGAAGUCCCUUAAAGUCAUAGUAGAGUAGGUAAGAUAUCUCUUAAAACUUAACUUUUAUUAUGUAAAAAAUAGAAAAACAAGAUUGAACUUAAUAAACCGAAAUGAGUGAAAAAGGGAUAAAAGAUGUGAAUAUAAAGGGCUCAAUAUGAAUAGUCAGCAAGUAUAUCAAUAUCUAUGUGGAUGUACCAGAAGUAGUUUGUGUAAUGUAAUCGCCUCUACGAGCCAUAGUUGAUUGCUAAUUAGUAACAAUGUUAACCAAGUGAGACUCCAACAUAAUGUGUCACCACGAAAGUCCUGGGGAAAGAGCACAUGAGUAUUGACGAUAGUCCAAAUCAGAGACAUUGUUGCAAUAAACAUUCUACAAAAACAAACUUGUUAGAAAAGACACAUAGUUGCUACAAAUCACUCAAAACAAAAGCGUGUUGAGAUGAAAAUAGCGGAGUACAGCCUAAGCGUUCAAAGGCAUAAAAUGCCAACAAGUUAAAAAAACAAAAAACUGUAUUUAUUUAGGUUGUAUUUAUUAAAAUCUUGUUUUUCUAUUUUUUACGUAAUAAAAGUUAAGUUUUAAGAGAUUCCUUACCUACUCUACUAGGACAGACUAUUCUCUUUUUAUAAAUAUUUUAAUUUCCCUUUCUCCACAGUCCCUGGUUUGUGAAUAACCCUGAGACGUUUUUUCAUUUAACACCAUAUUGUAUUUAGUGCAUUAAAAAACGAAUUGCAAAGUUUAGGCUGACGUGGCCAAGCUGUGACUAACGAAUUAAAGAUUUUACUUUGCAUUUAUUUUUUGUCCUCUAUUUUUGCCUAAAUGUUUUCAAUUGUUUUGUAAUCACAGAAAUUCUGUAUUUUGUAAAAAACUGCAACAUGUUUUUUAUUUACCUGGGAUCAAUGUUUCUUUUCAUAAUUCGGGUCUAUAAAAACGCUAAAUGCUUGUAAUUACAAUUUACUUCUUCAAUCAAAGUUAUCAUGUUAGCACUUGGUUUUGUAUCUGUUCUUUCUAAACUUGUAACUCCUACCCCAGAAAACGAUAUUAUCAUUUGUGUCUGAGUAUUACUAAGCAUGUUUUGAGAUAAGUAUAGUAUUCAGUGGUGUAUUUUGGAUUUGUGCUGCCCUAGGCACAACUAAAUUCGGGCACCCCCAAAAUCUAAAUUUGCCCCCCCAAUUCGUGUCAAGGCCACUUUUUGGACUGACAGACACAUGCCCUCAUUGAUACAUGCACUGAUAUACACUCAUUGACACAUACACAGUCAUUGGCACAUACAUAAAGUCAUUGGGACACACUGUUUAACCAACACACACUUUCACUGACAGACACACACUCACAGGCACACCCAUUCUCACUGAAAAACACACACUUUCACUCACAGACACACACUGACAGCUACACUCACUCACUCACUCACAGUAAGGUGGACAACCCCAGAACAUGAGGCAAACAAGGUAUUUGGGAGCUUGGGGUGACGUUUUUUGGCUCCCCCCCAAAAGUGCCGCCCUAGGCAAAUGCCUUGUUUGCCUUGUGGUAAAUACAUCCCUGAUAGUAUUGCAGAACUUCAUGUAACCAUUUACAUGCCCCAGCAAUGAACUCAGAUGCACCUGGCAAACCUUUUUCACUGCUAUUAGUUGACGCUGGAAUGCUGCCCAUAUAGGUACGUAGGUUGUUUGGACUCAGAAAGCCAUUUGACAGGGAAACAUUCUCCUGUUAUUGUCAUCAUGUCCCUGGGACUCGCAGCUACAUUUCUUCUGGUCUCCUUUGUCACCCUCCUGCUGUACCUAAAAUCAUGGAAAGGAGGGAAAAAGCUGGAAAACCUGCCCCCAGGACCCACGUCUCUGCCCCUGCUGGGGAAUAUUAUGCAGAUUAGCACCACAGAAUUGCCCCAAUCCCUGGUUAAGGUGAAAAAAUAAUUGUUCUUUAAUAAUUUGUUGAAAGGGUAUUUAACCAUUUGAAGAGAUUAGAAGCGGCCUCAUGAUAUAAAUUAUCUAUUAAAUAUAUACAUUAUCUCUUCUUACUGUCCAGUUUGGAAAUAAAUCUGUAAUGAUCUCAAAUUCGGAUUCCUUGUAGUUCUGUCCUUUGUUCGUUUCACACAGUGUAUUGAAAAGUUGAAUAGUUUUGUUGUCAUUACAAAAGAAAGAAAAAAAAAAAACCCGGAAUAUUGAAGGAUAUAAUUGAAAUGUAUGUGAACAGGUUGUUAAUCCGAGGAGAAAUCUGAUUGCCAUUAUAAAGUCAAAAAGGAUUUUUUAUAUAUUUGUUAUUUGUGGCAUAAUUGGAAAUGGCUACAUUUGUUUUGGGGAUUUGGGGGGCUUUUUUUGGAUUAACAGCAUAAAAGAAUGGUGAAGAGUGAGUAACCUUAUACGGGAUACAGUCCAAAUAAACAAAAAUAUAAUCUAUAAUAUAACCUUUAUUAUAUCUAAUUAAAACUAUUCAAUAUAUCUGCAACACUUUUAAAUAGUAGAAAUAUAUAUAUAUAUUUAUAUCUAAUUAAAAAGGAUCAAUAUAUCCACUAAACUUUUGGAAAAUGGAAUAUAUAUAUAUAAAAAACUGAAAACAGAAAUUAAGCAAUGAUAGCUAUAUAAAGAAAUGGUUUCUAUAAUAGCUAUGGUAAAACAAAAAUAGUAUUCCUCUUAGGGAAAAGAUACUGUUACAAAAAAACAAAAAUAUCUUAAAUCUCAAAGGAACACAUACAGUAUGUAUCAUAUAAUUGACCUCUGAUAUAAUGUGAAUAUCAUUAGGGAUGUGCAUGGGCAAAACAUUUGGUUCGAUUCGGUUUGGAAAUUCGGGUAAGAAAAAAAAUUCGGCACUUCGGCAAUUCGGCACUAUGGCAAAUUUGGUGCGGUUCGGCACUUUCAAAAUCUGGGACUUCAGCAAUUCUGGACUUCAGCAAUUCAGAACUUCAGCAUUUCGGGACUUUGGAACAUCUGUAGGGCUUCCUAACCCUACCCCUUACCCUAACCCUACCCCUACCCCUUACCCUACCCCUACCCCUUACCCUAACCCUUACCCUAACCCUACCCCUACCCCUGUCAUCAUCCAUGUAAUGUUCCCUCCCUCUCUUGUUUUGCCACUUUCAAAAAUCCAAAGCACUUCGGCAUGUCUGAAAUUCGUCACUUUGGCAAUAUGGCACUUCAGCAAUUUCGGUUCGGAAGCAUCCGAAUGUCCGAAUUGCCCAAAAUUCGUCUGAAUUCCCAUUCGGAACAAAACUAAUUGCACAUGUGUAAAUAUUAUGUUAUUUUCAUUUAUUUAUUCUUAAUUCUUGAGAUACUCCAUACUGAGGUUAACAUGCCAAACCUUUAGUACUAACUAAGAAAAUAACAUAAUUAUUUUAUUCUAUAUUUUGGUGUUCUUAAAAAACUGACUAACCUCAAAAUUAUUAUCUCUUAACAUUAUGGACAUUUUAGACACCUUCCCUUAAAUUCUGCUUCAUUAGACAUUUUUUCAAAUUAACAGUGUAAGUGACAAUAUAUAAGUUCAUAGAAUAAUAUGAGUCUAUGUAACUGCAUUUCCUAUAACUAAUACAGUAUUAAAGUCUUUUGGUCAAGGCAUUACAGUAACAGAUUCAUUAUUUCUAUAAUAAAAGUAUAUUAUUGAAGGUACCUUCGGAACAAGCACUCAGUAUAGGCAUAGUUUUAUGCCAUUAUUUCCUCCCCUCCCCCCUUUUUAUUUUUAUCACUUACUGAUAUUACUGGUAUAUGAUUUGUUGCUAACAUUAGAAAGCAAAAAACGGUCGCAAGAAUAUUCUGAGAAAUGGAAUAGCCUGCCCUUUGGUGGAUCCCCGCUCAGAACUCAAGCUGGUUUUAGCUCAUCUUGUGCAUUAGAAGGCUGAGGAAGAUAGGUGUGGGAGUGUAAUGGGGUGCCCUUGAAGGCACUGAAAAGCGAUAGAUUAUCCAAACUACUAUUCCUACCCCACCUUCUCUACCCACAGCUGAAUUUUUUUCCCAUUAUUUAUUUUUUAGCAUUUAACAUUUCAAUUUAGGUUCAUUUUAGCUUCAUACUAUUAUUUUCCCUUCGAUUUUUUUUAUGGAGGCUCCAGUGUCUAAAGCUGUAUAAUAGAAGCCGAUUAGUGAGCCUCUUGCAUGACACUAUAUACUUCAGCUCACAGCACAAGUGUUUGUUAUUAGUAAUUAGGGACUAAUUGUGAUCAUUUCUGGUGCUUAAUCUCAUUAAACCAUCCGAAAUAUAUACAGUUAAAGGAGAUAUCAAAUACAUAGCAACACGAGAAAACCCUAAUUUUACUUACCGUAAAUUUAUUUUUCCAUAGUCCAAGUGUCAGUCAUAACAAGUGGGAUGUAGUUGCCCAUUUCUCACAGGACAGGCAGCAUUGAAAUGGUAAAAAACAAAACAAAAUGCAGUCCCCACCCCAGUCUCCUCCCCUCCUAGCCUUAUAAAGGGCAACUCCACCGUGAACUCCCCAGUAUAUAACAAGCCAACAGAAGGAUGUAGGUUUAAAUUGUUUUGAUUUAUAGUAUAAAGGGAGGGUAAUCAUGACUGCCACUUGGACUAUGGAAAAAAAAUUACAGUAAGUAAAAUUUUGUUUUUUCCAUACAUCCAAGGGACAGUCAUAACAAAUGGGAUGAUAUAGCAAUAUAAAAACACAGGGCCGGAACAAUUUCACCUAGAGCACCACCAUACAGGAGCCUGUGAAUUAUGGAUCCUGAAUCACAAAGUAUACCAUCCCCAGCUGAUGGGACAGCCUACUGGAGUAAUUCUGGAACACCACCAGUAUUGAACUGUAAGUUAGAACCUUAUUUGUAUCUGCGGGGUAAGAAAAUACACACAGUUAGUAAUUAGCUAUUCCAGAGCUCAAAUCCAAAUGUGACAUACAACACUCAUUAAAUAUGCAAAUAAAUGUAAAUAGACACUUAUAGACUCUCCAGUUUUCAGAAUAUUCAUACUUUCACUGGUGACAUUUAAGGUGUUUGGUUUAGUGUAUUUUGUCAUGUAUACAGACAAACAUACAUAUAUAGGUAAAUAUAUAUAUAUUUACCAUCAUUCUAGGGUGAUUAAUAUAGCCCAAUACCUACCAAAACUAAGCUGAAAAUAGGAAAAAAACGGAUAUAAAUCCAUAUCCGUAAUGAACAUCCAGGCCAAUUAGACAAAUAAUGAACCACUAAUUAAACCAUUAGCGUGACCAGCCUCACUAGCCAAAAUAUGUAGAAAACUUCUAUGAAUAAAUGUAGGAAAAGAAUAAUUAAACCUACAAAGGGCCCCCUAAUAUCAAAGGUAAGAAUAGACCCAGAAGUGGAUUGUGAGUUUGUAGUUACAAAAUAGGACGAGGGGGAAUAAAUGCAUUAGUAGGUGUUAAAGUCUGGAAGAAUUGUGCUGAUCUCAAUUUUAGAGUAAAUUGCUAUAAAACUAACAUAGUAAGCUUAUUACAGUCCUGAUAUAAAAAUGUCCGCAGUACACCGAAUACCGUAAACCAUGGCUUAAUCUUUGAAAAUCGCUUGUGAAAAAGAUGAAAGGAAAGCUGCAAGAUAUAUCUGCACAUAGGUAAUGUGAUAUAACCAGAAACAAAUAUAGGAUUUAACAAAAAUAAAAUCAUAUACAUAGAUACAUACAUAAUAGCACAUACAUUUCAGAAGUAAGAAAAAAAUGCAUAUACCCCAAUCUCUACACCUCUGGACCUGAAGUAUGUUGGACUGUGGUAUUUUUGGCUGCAAAGUCCUAAAGCCUAAUAAGAGAAGCUGAAUUACUAUUUCCACUGCAUUGCAUUAAUGGCCUACAUGUUUGAUAAAAUCAAGCCAACUGCUAACACACACACACACACUGCAGCUCAUUUCAGAUUGGAAACAAAGAAAUCAUAAAUAAAACUGUCCACAUAUAUGGAAGCCAUUUAAGCUUAUUUUAAAGCAUAGGCCUGGACUAGCUACUCCAGCAGCACCUAUCAUAAUCUGGCCCUGCUGGGCUAUGCAGCAGACCCUUGUGGUGUAAGACAGGGUAUUUAAAAUAAAAUUGGUGAGGCAAAAAUCAAAUCAUAAACAUACUGAAACCUUAUUUGAUAAAAUACAAAUUAACCUCUUAAAGGGGUACGAAUGGGAAGUUCUAGUUUUAACCCAACUUACAGAAGUUGGCAGACACUUCCCAUUUCAAUUACCAAUCUAAGAAACAUGGCCAUGCUGGAAGAUAAUUAUAUAAAUUUGACGUGACCCAGGGAGAGUGAGCGGAGGUUAUUAAAAGAAACCAGGAAAGCGAACGCAAACUUCCGCAAAUGUUCGCGAACCGGCGAACCGGGCAAACCGCCAUACCUGACAUAUGACAUAUUGACACAGAGCAGAAUAGGGACUGUUCCCCCAACAUAGGGUCACUUGGCAGAUAUGGAUUGACACGUGUCCUCAGAGACCAUGAUACACACUGACACAGAGCAGAAUAGAGACUGUUCCCCCUACAUAGGGUCACUUGGCAGAUAUGGAUUGACACCUGUCCUCAGAGACCAUGAUACACACUGACACAGAGCAGAAUAGAGACUGUUCCCCCUACAUAGGGUCACUUGGCAGAUAUGGAUUGACACCUGUCCUCAGAGACCAUGAUACACACUGACACAGAGCAGAAUAGAGACUGUUCCCCCUACAUAGGGUCACUUGGCAGAUAUGGAUUGACACCUGUCCUCAGAGCCCCUGAUACACACUGACACAGAGCAGAAUAGAGACUGUUCCCCCUACAUAGGGUCACUUGGCAGAUAUGGAUUGACACCUGUCCUCAGAGACCAUGAUACACACUGACACAGAGCAGAAUAGAGACUGUUCCUCCUACAUAGGGUCACUUGGCAGAUAUGGAUUGACACCUGUCCUCAGAGCCCCUGAUACACACUGACACAGAGCAGAAUAGAGACUGUUCCUCCUACAUAGGGUCACUUGGCAGAUAUGGAUUGACACCUGUCCUCAGAGACCAUGAUACACACUGACACAGAGCAGAAUAGAGACUGUUCCUCCUACAUAGGGUUACUUGGCAGAUAUGGAUUGACACCUGUCCUAAGGAUCCCUGAUACACACUGACACAGAGCAGAAUAGGGAAUAUUCACUAAAUGCCAAACAUUGUUAUACAGGGGAAUAUUCAGUAAAUAAGGAUAAGGGGGGACCUACUGUCCUCCCCCCCGGCCCCCACCCCUGCACGGUGGGUGGGGGCCAUAAAUCUCAAUGGGGGGGGACCUACUGUCCUCCCGCCCGCCCCCACCCGUGAGCGGUGGGUGGGGGCCAUAAAAAUAAUGAGGGGGGACCUACUGUAUGAUGUUGUAUCGAUCAGGUAGUGUAAGGGUUACGCCCGCUUCACAGUGACAGACCAAACUCCCCGUUUAACGCACCUCAAACAACCGCAAACAGUCCAUUUGCACAACCGCAAACUCCCCAUUUGCACAAGGUUGGAUACCAAGCUAGCCAUGUCCCGUUCCUUGUCCUCACUGAUGUCAUUGAAGGUCUCUUCCUCCACCCAGCCACGUACAACACCAAGGGUUCCCGAAAAGUGACAACAAGCCCCCUGGGAAGCCUGCUGUGUUUGGUCUUCCACCUCCUCAAAGCAGAGGUUGGCAGAGUACACGCUGUAGGCCUGACACACCCGCUUAAAGACAACUAACUGCUAUUCAAUCUAUAACAGUGAAAAAAGUUUUUUGUUUUUAAAUGCAAGCUAUUGUGACACCAGAUAUGAGUGGCACUGUGAACUGGCAGAGGUUGGCAGAGUACACGCUGGGCAAGUGGGCACAGUAUACGCUGCGAGCCUGACACACAGACGCUUGCAGACAACUAACUGCUAUUCAAUCUAUUACAGUGAAAACUAUUUUUUUUUAAAUGCAAGCUAUUGUGACACCAGUGAGUGAGUGGUGGCACUGGGCAAGUGGGCACAGUAUACGUUGCGAGCCUGACACACAGACGCUUGCAGACAACUAAUUGCUAUUUAAUCUAUAACAGUGAAAAAAGUUUUUUGUUUUUUAAAUGCACGCUAUUGUGACACCAGAUAUGAGUGGCACUGUGAACUGGCAGAGGUUGGCAGAGUACACGUUGUAGGCCUGACACACCCGCUUGAAGAAAACUAACUGCUAUUCAAGCUAUAACAGUGAAAAAAGUUUUUUGGUUUUUAAAUGCACGCUAUUGUGACACCAGUGAGUGAGUGGUGGCACUGGGCAAGUGGGCACAGUAUACGCUGCGAGCCUUACACACAGACGCUUGCAGACAACUAACUGUUAUUCAAUCUAUUAUAGUGAAAAAAACAUUUUCUUUUUUAAAUGCAAGCUAUUGUGACACCAGUGAGUGAGUGGUGGCACUGGGCAAGUGGGCACAGUAUCCACUGUGAGCCUGACACAGAAGCUGGCAGGCAGGCAGGCAACUGCAAUUACAUUACACACAAAAAAAAAGCAGACUGAUGUUAUAGCCCUAAAAAGGGCUUUUUGGGGUGCUGUCCUUACAGCAGAGAUCAGAUGAGUCCUUCAGGACUGUAGUGGACACUGUAUACACUAACCUAGCUAUCCAUUUCCCUAUCAAAUCAAUAGCAGCUACAAUUUCCCUCCUCUCCCUAAGCAUGCAGCUUGAGAAUGAAUCUAAAAUGGAUGCUGUCCAGUAGGUGGGAGGGUCUGCUAGGGAGGGUGUGCUGCUAAUUGGCUGGAAUGUGUCUGCUGACUGUGAGGUACAGGGUCAAAGUUUACUCAAUGAUGACGAAUAGGGGGCGGAUUGAACCGCGCAUAUGUUCGCCCGCCGUGGCGAACGCGAACAUGCUAUGUUCACCGGGAACUAUUCGCCAGCGAACCGUUCGGUGCAUCACUACUCACUAUGGACAUAAAGUAAAAAUAAAAAGCAGUGAAUUUCUACCACCAGCAAGUUUGGGUUUCAUACUAGACAGGGAGACACAUCCUAAAAUUGUUAUAUGUAUAGUCUAAAAGAUAAACCUAGGACAAAGAAACAAUUGAUUGCUUCAAGGGAGGAAACACACCUAUUAUCCAAAGCACAGCUGCUGCUUGAAUGCUCAGAGACUGACUGUGUAACAGUCACUUUAGAGAGGAAAGAGAUAGACUCUAAGACAGCCUAGUGCCCAGGUUCCAGAACCCUUGCUCUUCACCUGACCUGAAUCUGACAAUUCAGAAAUGUGAAAUAGUAUUAUUAGUCAAUGACAAUUUAGUCCUUUUAAAACCAGGAUAGACAUAGAAAAAAACAGUCCAUCCACGAAAGCCCUGGAAAACGAUUUAAGAUACACCUUCCAUAAGAAGAAUAGAACUAGAUCCAAAAUUAGAAUAAUAACUUAAAAAUCCCCCAGUGGGACUUUUAAGUUAUUUUACAUUUUAUUUUAUUAUUUUCUAUUGUCAUAAAUGGUAAAUUUUUAUCCUUUAUUUACUCUGGACUUCUACUCCUUUAUCUCCUGCUUACCAUCUCAUCCUCUGGUGGGGAUUAUACCACCUAUGCUAUACUAACUAGUAGACAAGUGCAAUUCGUUUCGGGCCAAAUAUGAAUUUGGACGAAUUUUGUGCAAUUCCGACAUUCGGGAACUUCCGAAUGUGCGAAUAGCCGAAGUGCCAAAUUGCCCAAGUGCCGAAUUACCGAGGUACUGAAGUUCCAUAAUUACCGAAUUUCUGAAGUGUCGAAGUGCCGAAGUUCUGAAGUUGCCGAAGUUCUGAAGUGCCUAAGUGCUGAAUUGCCGAAGUUCCGAAGCACAGUAUUGCCUAUGUACUAAUAUACUUACCCAGUAGAAGAAGAAGAAUGUUACACUGUAUACAAUUUUAAAUAAAAAAGUAUACAAACAUAGCCAGGAUUCAGCUGUAAGCAUGUGCAACACUUACAACAAUCAAGUAAUAUACUUUCAUAUAAAAUGUAAGUUACUUAGCCAGCCAAUGUAAUGACAGGAAUGAAUAAGUAGAUAGCUCCCUAAUUCCCACGGUAUUAGGGAGCUAUCUACUAAAAGGCUGAAAGAUCUAAAUUGGUCUUUCAGACAAAUUUAUUAAUACUAAGUAAAGAUUACUUAGCCUGUGGCUGCUCACUGUAAAAAAACAACAAAAAAACGUCCCCCCUCCCCCUAACCUGAAGGGGGGACCUAUUGCCCCCCCCGGCCCCCACCCCUGAACGGCAGGUGGGGGCCCUAAAGUAUAUUAUACAUUAUUGCAAUUAUUAAACAUUGAUUAUUAUUAUUAUUACUACCUGUGUUUAUAUUCAUUGUAUGUAUUUUAAUACUGUUUUUUAUGUGUGUUAUUUCUUAAUUUUGUCUCUAGAAAAGGUCCAAGAAGAGAUUGACAGUGUAAUUGGCCAAGAUCCUUCUCCAUCAAUGGAGGACCGGAGUAAGAUGCCGUAUACUGAUGCGGUGAUUCAUGAAAUUCAGAGAUUUGCUGAUAUUGUCCCUACAGGUUUUGCCCAUGCAGCCAGCAAAGACACAACCUUCAGAGGAUAUCACAUUCCCAAGGUUAGUAUGCUUUAAAACGAGAAGUGGAUAGUAACACAUACAUCAAAGUAUUCACAUACUAAUAUAUAAAGCAAGGCUAUCUCUUAAAUGCUUACACUUUAUAAACAUAAUGUUUUUCCCUUAAAGCUAUUUAAUAAAUAUGUAUGUCAUUAUGAUUAUGUACCUUUUUGCAUGGCCACAGUGGUGUAACUGUAGGAGUCAAUGGAAAUGUAAUUCAUUAAAUCGCAACCUUUGCUUGGAACUACUUUACAUCCACAAAUCCAUUUUUAUGUUUGCUUGUAGGAGCUUCUGUCACAUGGAGGCAGGUCUAACCCUUUGACAUAAAGAUGUCUGCUGUCUUCUGAAAUUUAUUUAUAUAAAAAAAAAUAUUGUACACUAUGUGGAUAAAAGUAUUGGGACACACCUCUUAAUUUUUUAAUUCAGGUGUCUCAAUUAGAGCUAUUGCCACAGGUGUAUAAAAUCAAGUACCUACAUAGAAAUAUAGAAUGUGAUUGCAGAUAAGAAUCCUUUUGGUGUAUUUCUUUGUCCUUGGCCUUGGCUAUUCCUGACUCUGUUUUUAUCUGUAAUGCCCGCUAAUACAUCUAUGUAGAACCUCUGUAGGAUUCGUAAUUCCACUAAGUUGGAGUACGACCCUGUGAAACGCCCAGAGUUACUAUAAUUAAAUAAUGUACAAUAAUUAAUUAUUUGAAGGGAAUAUUUGUCCUCCCAGUUUUGACUAGUGUCUUGAAGGACCCCAAGUACUUUAAAACCCCCAUGAGUUUGACCCUGGUCACUUUCUGGAUGAAAACGAAUGUUUUAGAAAGAAUGAAGCCUUCAUGCCAUUCUCUGCAGGUAAUAGUAUGGUAUCAAUUAUAGAUAUUUAAAAUGUCUUAUGAAGGUUUGGAGAAAAGUCCACUUAUGAAUAUUUGAUCCCAUGUUCUCAUCUCUCCAUGUUUUGAUCUCCAGGUAAAUGGAUGUGUCUGGGUGAGGGUUUGGCUCGUAUGGAGAUUUUACUCUUUCUUACAACCAUCUUGCAGAAUUUCAACGGUGGAUACGAAAGACAUUGAUAUAAAUCCAGAGCCAAACACCAAUGCUACAAGACCUUGGAACUACCAGAUGAAUGCUGUCCCUCGAUUCAAAUCUUAAGUGCUGAAGCCAAUCUUCAUAAAACACAACACAUAAAUGGUAUCAAAAUAAGCAGGAACAAAGUUUUUAUGUUAAUUUACAUUGGUGUCUACAAACUGAAUAUUAUUUUCUCUUCUCUAGACUACAAGCUCAUUUGAGCAGAAUCCUCAUCAACCUAUUGCUCCUGCAACAUUUUGUAAUUGCCUCAUUUAUUGUUAAAUUUCCCUCUUUUAUACUAUUGUAAAAUGCUGCGGAAUAAGUAGGCACUUUUUAAAUGCCAAUAACAAUAGCAAUAAUAAAAGAUUUCACAGAUGUCUAGGACAAUAAUGCAGUGUUUUUGCUAAGGAUUCAAGGUCAGGCAGGAAGUAAUUGAAAAACUUAAAUUAAAAUGAGGCUUAGUAAACUUUUAAGGACUGUACACAAGACCAGUCUAUGUUUCUGUGACUCUCUCAACACUGAGAUUUCAAAUUGUAUACAAGUUCACAUCUGUCUUGAGAAUGUGUUUUAUUAAGAAUUUAUACAGAAUAACAUAGUUUAAGGCUAUGUUUGCUGGAGUUUAUCAGCUAUUACUGAAAUACUGGUAAUAUUGUUUUGUAAAUGACUUAUGGAUCAAAUGAAAUUGUUGUCAGACUGUUUAAUUUAUCUCAUUACGGAGGUCCAGGUCAUGGCAAUUUACAGAAAGAGAUAACUCAGAGCAAGAGUUGCUUUUUAUUUAAUUAUUUACCUGGUAACAAUCUAGAGGUACAUAAUGCCUCUAAAAUUAGAUUCAGGAGGAUACACAAUGUACCAGCAUAUGUACCAGGUAAUUAAUGGCAGAGGUUUUAUAGUACUUUGCUUAUUGUAUCAAGGAUAAUGUUAUUUUAUUACCAUUACAGUUCGACAAACGAAACAGCUACCAAACAACCAGGCCACCCAGGAGAGGAGCGUGGCAUCAGUUGAGCUCCCUGACUUGGUUCACACCUUCUCAAUUGCCAACCGCACGAACCAACUGGGUGUUCUGUGGGUGGCUGCCGUUCGUCAUGCGAACACGUGGUGGCAGCCAUCUUAGCAUACGAAUUACACCAGCGGUGUUUUGACAUCAAGUGUCUGGAACCCAAUUCGGACACGCAACGACACGAACACCGCAGAGACUUCCAUCCUCGUAUAAGUUCGUGGGAACAGAGCGGCAUUCGGUAAAAAGAAUCAUACGAACGAGAGAAAUUAAACAAACAAAGACACAAACCAUUUUGUUAUAAAUUUUCAUACAUUUCAACUUCCCGAACAGAGACCGACGGCACAGCCAAAACCUUUGGAACUUUUCUCGCAUUACACCUUGUGUGCGGUUGGUAAAACUAAGACAUCCAUAAAACUCUCGAACCCCUGAACCGAUCUGGGUGAUUUUUUAGUAUGUUGCCCCCACAGAUCGGGGCUAUCAGGGGAUGUUGGAAUUAUGAAUGUAGGAAAUGUUUUUGGGGUGUUUCCAGAAAAGUAUAAAAAAUUUUGAUUUUUCUGUUUGGAGAUAAUUGAGUUGAUACAGUAAUUAACUCAAUUAUCUCCUGAGCAAAGCGGAGGGAUUGUGUGUAAUGUAUGCGAGUGACUUAUAACCUGGCCUGUGUUUAUUGGUUGUUGUAUAUUUUUAUCGGUGUCCCACAGGGUUCACCUAGUUGGUAACUUUGGGGGCAAAACCUGCAUAAAAGGCCAGUCUGACCAUUAAAAGUUCAGUUCUGCUCCUAAUACUGAGUGUCGUCGAGUUAUUGGGAAGGGUGAUGGGAUAUUCGUGUAUCAUCUUGUACAUACGCCUGCUGUCUUGGAGUUUCCUGUUUGUUCCUGAAUAGCUGUUAGAGUAACCAGCGGAGAAGAAGCCCUGCUACCACUGCUCUCCACUACAAUGUCAUAUCCUGACAUCCCCACACAUUGGGUGUGUCUCGUACACACCUUUAAGUAGUGAGUGCAAUGUUUACCUCACAUUGCUGUUUACAGUCUGUCAAUUGUACUGUUCUUACACACUAACUUAAUGAUAGAACUUCUCCAAGAGCAGGACCUUAUAGGAUAUUAAUCCAUAUAUUAAUUGCCAAGGGAAGAGACUGGGUUCUAAUUUAAAACAUUCCCAUUUUCAAAUGUAGAUUCAGCCUUACCCUCCAGUUUACCAAGUCAGCGGACAUUCAUAUCUAGCGUUCAAAGGUUCAAAUUAAAUAUUAGGUAAUUCAAUGCUGUUCUGCAAUACAAAUAUAAACGACACCCAGGACAUAGUUCAAACCAAGUCACAAGGGUGUUAUUGUCAAAAUGGAUCUAGGACUUUUAGGAACAUUUCUUCUGAUCGUCUGUAUCACGGUUCUGUUUUAUUUAUAUUCGUGGAGAAGCCACAUCAAAAAGGGAAAUCUGCCCCCUGGACCUACAGCUCUGCCCCUGUUGGGAAAUAUUCUCCAAAUUAGCAUCAAGGAAUUUCCCCAGUCCUUGCUUCAGGUGAGUUAUAUUUCACUAAUAAAAAUUGUGAUGUCCAUCACAAAAACAAUUAAUUUCUCUUACAGGGUAUUUAAAAGGAAUACCUGAAUCUGCCAUUUCCCAGAAUUUUUAUAUUAUGUUAACUUAUUCCUGUAUUUAUCAAAUAGGUAUUUAUGAGGUGUGAAAAAUUAGAUUAAUUGUAGAAAUUUACACCUCUUUAUCCUGCAACUGGGCGCCUCCACCUUCAUUGCCUGUCAUGCAUUGAUAUAAUGUCUUUACACCUGGCAGUCAGCGGAGAGAAGAUAUGAGAGAGAUUCUUUAUUAAUCCUAAUAAAAUAAAUGUGAUCAAAUGGCCCAGAAAAUAAAACCGUGUUGCUCUAUAUAAGGCAGGCAAUGUAUUCUUAUGAAAUAUUUUUAACACCUAUCUAUUAUAUAUAAUGUAUAUAACAAUUGCCCAUCACAGAAUCUGAGUGUCUUGCUUUUUGGAAUUGUGUAAAACAGUUCUUAAAAAUGACAACUUACAUAACGGUAACUCAUAUUCUGGGAGCACUGCUGGAUAAUGCGAGUCUUGGUUUUCUUCUACAUAUUGCUUGACAUAGCAGUAAUGAGAGAGGGAAAAAAGAUGGUGGAAGCUACAGGGAGACUGGAACUGUGGGAAAUUGCAAUCUGUCUAGAACUGUGGCUGUUGCAUGGAAGGAAGCAUGUAUCUAUGUGUCUGUAGUCUGUGUGUGUGCGUGUGAGUGUUUGUAUAUGUCUGUAUAUGUUUUUGUGUAUCUGUUUGUGUUUCAUUCCCACACAUUUGGAAUUAAAGAUUUUUAAAUCUAUCUAUCUAUCCAUCCAUCUAUCUAUCUAUUGAUCUAUCUAUCUAUUUAUCUAUCUAUCUAUCGAUCUAUCUAUCUAUCUAUCUAUCUAUCGAUUUAUCUUAUGUUUUUCCUUUAUUCCUUGCUGGGAUUUUCAGUAGACUUUUCAAUGUCUCUGCAUUCCUCUGAGUAUUAGACAGUUACCUGAUGUGGAUACACUUACACUCUACCUGUAAUUUUCACUGAAGCUGAGUAAGAAAUAUGGACCCAUGUUUACAAUUUAUCUGGCUAAUAAACGAGUAGUUAUACUUAUUGGAUAUGAAACGGUGAAAGAAGCUCUCGUUGAUCACAGUGAUGCAUUUAGCGACAGGGGUGGCUCAGACCUAAAUGAAUUUUUCUUCAAAGAUUACGGUAAGAAUCAAAGUAUUAUAUUUAAAUGUUCUGAAGUCCUAUACCUCAAAAAAUAACCUAAAACAUUGGUUGCACAAUGUUUCUCUAUUAGUAGCCUAAUCAGCAAUUAAACUCUGCUAAUUCUUCUAACCCUAUGUACAUAUACUGCAUAUGACAAUUACAUUUACCACAACAACUUCCCCUGGCAGUGAAUUACAUAUCUUGACUGCUCGUAAUGUAAAGAAAAAUUUUUGUACUGACUUGGAAGCCUCAAUGUAUUUAAAUAAACCUGAGCUUAAUGAAUAAAUAGUUACACAGUAAAUUUAUGGGAAAAUUAUCAAGGAAAUUUUAAGGGCAGAAUUGCUGGAAAGGUAAUGGCCACUGGAUUUUGAAAUGUAUUUGGACCUUUUUAGGAGUCACUAUGAGUAAUGCCGAGAGUUGGGACAUGAUGCAUUGAUUCUUCCUGAUGGCUAGAAUAAUAUUCUCCAAAGCUUUUAGAGUAACAACUACUUUUCUCAAAAUGGUGGCAUCCAGUAUAUUUCUGUUUGUGGUUGUUUGUAGGAGUGAUCAUGAGCAAUGGGGAAAGGUGGAAGACAAUGCGGAGAUUCGCUAUCAUGACACUGAGAAAUUUCGGAAUGGGGAAGAGAAGCGUUGAGGAGAGAAUCCAAGAGGAAGCUCAGUAUCUUUCUGAAGUCUUUAGAAAGUAUGAAGGUCAGUGGAAGCUGCAAACCUACUUUGAAAACAUCAUCAAGGCAACAAAAAAUGUACCAAAGUACACCAAUGCUUGUCUUUAUAGGACAGUAAAAUAUAUAAUAAAAUAAAAUCAUAAUUAAUCAUUUGAAUAAGUCAUUAAAAUUAUCCUAGGAGCAUAAAACACACACAUAUAUAUAUAUAUAUAUAUAUAUAUAUAUAUAUUCACAGGUGGUUCUCGUUUUGCGACCUACCUGUUUUACGACAGCUCUCACUUAUGACGAGCUCUCUCGUUGGGUUUUUUGAAGUACGAGCCAUCAUGGGAAAUAGAGGGAUUCCCUGCUCUUCUGUGUUCUUCUAUUUCCCCAAACAUAGACGAAUGCAACAGAGCAAGGAAUCCCUCUAAUCUAUGUUCAGGGAAAUUUCCCCCGAGCAUAUGUUAGAGGGAUUCCCAGCUCUUGUGCGUUCGUCUAUGUUCAGGGAAAUGUCCCUCAACACAGACAUGCGCACCAGAGCAAAAAAUCCCUUAAAUCUCUGUUCAGGGAAAUUUGCCCGAACAUAGAAGAAGGCAGCAGAUCAGGGAAUCCCUUAAGUCUUCACUUAUCGACCAAUUCGUUCUACGACCAGGUGGUAAGAACGGAACCCGGUGUGUAAGUGUGGAGUUUCUGUAUAUAUAUAUAUAUAUAUAUAUAUAUAUAUAUAUAUAUAAUGGAUGAAAAAGAGAUGCACUCUGUGGUCUUUAGAAAUAAUUACUGGUAUUUAAUAUCCAGCAUAAUUACAUAUGUCCGAUCGACCUUUCAACCUCUUCAGGUCUUCCUCAAGAUUCCAGGUAUGACAUCUGAGAUCGCUGUCCAAAAGAGUGCAGAGAACAGCAAAGAUACUGUGCAGCAACCCUCUCACUCACAGGCCUCUGAUAUAUUGAGGAACAUAUACAUAUAGAGGUAGAGUAAAGUGUAUAUAUAUAUAUAUAUAUAUAUAUACUACCCAGAUGUGGUGUGGUGAUAAAAUCAUGUUUGGAACAUAUAGUGUGGCAGUGUGAGGGAACACUGCUAUAUUAGCCCCAGAAUGGCACUUUCAGUGUUCCCUGACUAGAUGGGGGUUAAAAAUCAGGAUGCUCUAGUAGAUUAAUUAAGGAGCUACAUAAACCCUAUGCAGAGGGAAAUCAGUCUCUCCUCUGAAGAGCUGGGGCGGAGACAGAGAGACUGUGAGUCAAAGAGACUGCUGAAACUGUGUGGGAACAUAAAGGUAUUUUGCAAGCCUUUAUUUUCAUUUGUUAAACUACUGGGGUCAGCAUAGCUGCCCAGUAUCAUAGAAAGGGUAUGUGGCGAAACCGGCCUCGCCACGUGUCCUUGGAGGGGGCUGCUUGCCCGCCUCUUGCCUUUGGACUAUGGACCAGACUUUAUGUGAAGGUAUUAACCCAGAUAGCUAUGCCAUGGAGCCCAUUCGUGUAGUUAAAGACUUCGGCUCCAUGGCAAUUGAACUGUGUGAAUAGGAUCUGAGCGCUAUUUGGUAGUUUUGUGCGCUCAGAUCCCAGCUAUCUGGGGAUAUGUGACAUGUCUGUGUUUUAUGUAUAAAAGGUGACUUUAUGUAUUUUAAAGUGUUUUGUGUCUUUUUGCAACCAUGUGCUUAAUGGAGUCUUGUGUCUGUCCUGGGAGAUAAUUGAAUUACUUAUCUCCAGGAUAGAAGACUCUGAAACUGGUUUGGGCCGGAAAGCCAUGCUUCAUUUAGUCACAAAGGACUUUCCCUUAACUUUUGAACCCCUGGUCUGAUUCGUGCCAUUUUUUAAUAUGUUGUUCCCCUGAAUGGAUUGAUUAUGAAAAUGUAUGUUUUAUGUUUGUGACAUUUAUAUUUUAGAAGUUAUAAAUAUUGUGUAAAAACUGUAUUCCUCUGCCGGUGAUAAUGAGAUUACCCAUUGUGUUCAGUAAUCAUAUCACAUGCAGAGGGGAGGAUUUUGUGUGGGAGUGUCUGGGUGUAUUGUACGGAUUGAUUGGUUGUUUUGUAACGCCCUGUGGGCUGUACUAUGUUUGUGGAUUGGGAAUAAAAGAGACUGUAUGUGACAGUACAGGAGUUCCUGUUUUAACCCUCAAAGUGAAGUGUCAUCUCAUUAUUGGGGGAAGGAUUUAUUGUAUGCUGUUCCAGUUUGACUGCUAGGAGAGUAAACCUAUUCGUAUGGUUCCUAUUCAACUGUCUACAGCAUUCAUAUGCUUGAGAGAAGGUAUACGCUUCUCUGGUUCGGUGAUUGUGGCAUCUGCUGCAGUGCUUGGAGUCCUCAGGAAGCGCUAGGAGCAUCUUUCAACGGAGGUACCCAGUCGGGGUGCCAGGCGAUCCGUUACAGGGUACUCUAUGUUAGUUAGUCUCCAGUGUGGAGUAGGUGAUUAUUUUUGGUUUUCAUGUUUUGCUGUGGCUCAAUUGCGGCCGGAUUGCUAAAUAAAGCUUUCCUCAAAUUGGAAGAAAGAACUAUUUCUGCUACUUAUGACCCAAGACCCGGCCAGCCUUCUACAAUAUACAGUGUUUGUUACUAUUAUGUAUCUUAUUCAUGCACAACAAAUUGACCAAGAGUGUGUAAAACAAUGAAUACAUCUCUGACUAUACAGAUUUAAAAUUUGCUAAACAUUUCAUACCCCUUUACUGGAAAUGCGAUAUUCCUCCUCUAGGAUGGAUUAACACAGAUCCAUGGUAGAGAUGACAUUCGGCUUGCAGGGAAGGUUGAAAACUGGUCUCACUGGAUACUCAAGACUUCAAACGAUAACUUCAAACUCUUGAUAACUCAAUAACACUAGACACGCACCACUUUAACGGGUGACUCUUGAGAACUUGACAAGCUGGUAAGGGGAAUCACUGUCAAAAUGCUUGACACAUGAUUUCACUUGUAUUCUCCAGGUUGCACCUGACACCUAAUAUACACCUAUACAACAUUUUGAGUGUGCUGUAAUGCCUAUUCUGAUUUGACAUUUGUGAGACUCUAAUAAAUAUUGUGAUUUACCAGAAAAACAUUUAGUACUGGACAUUUUCACAAUAACCCAGAAUAAUGAGGAUAAAUGUGUGGAGGACUUUACUUUAGAAACAUAGAAACAUAGAAACAUAGAAUGUGACGGCAGAUAAGAACCAUUCGGCCCAUCUAGUCUGCCCAAUUUUCUAAAAACUUUCAUUAGUCCCUAGCCUUAUCUUAUAGUUAGGAUAGCCUUAUGCCUAUCCCAUGCAUGCUUAAACUCCUUUACUGUGUUAACCUCUACCACUUCAGCUGGAAGGCUAUUCCAUGCAUCCACUACCCUCUCAGUAAAGUAAUACUUCCUGAUAUUAUUUUUAAACCUUUGUCCCUCUAAUUUAAGACUACUUUAAUGGAGUACUCUAUGAUGUGCUUUACACAAUGUAAUUCAUGAUCAACUGCUGUAUAUCCCACUAGGGAAUGUUGUAGACUUUUUGGCACUUCAUAGAUAAAAUAUGAAAUAUAGCAGCAUAAUGGAUGAUUUGGUGCUGUGUGGGGCAUAGUAUAUAACAUUAUAUAUUGUAUAGUCUUAUUUAAAUCCUAGGAAAUAAACAAUAUUUAAUUAUUGUUGUUGGGUGUGAGCAUCUUUUUUCCAAACCGUUCCUUGAUACUUUCACACUAAUUAUCUUUGUGUUUUCUUUAAUAAAGUAGGCACUGCCCAGUCUAUUUGAUUUCUAGGAAAUUAGUUACAUUUGCAGUAAAAAACAUAUAUUGUUUCUUAAGGAACACAGUAUUGAGUAUUUACAAGCUUUUUUUUUUUUAUUAAGUUGAUUUAUUUUAUGUAUGUGUAUUCCCAGUAGAUCUGAUAAAAUUUCAUAUCAUUCUCAUAACAGAAACUCCUUUAGAUCCCAUAACUCUCCUGGGACAGGCAGUGUCCAAUGUGAUUGUAUCUAUUGUAUUUGGAGAAAGAUAUGACUACGAAGACAAGACCUUUCAGAAACUUCUGUCAUAUAUUAGAGAUAUCGUUAGACUGCUAAAUACUACUUCUGGUCAGGUGAGUUUUGUCUCAGAACAUAUGGGGCUAUUAUGAGAAUAUUGGUAAAUUAAUCUUGACAAAAAUACAGAAAAAACACUCUACAAUUAUUGAUUUGUAUUCCUCAGAGGAGAUCCAUCUUUGUUUAUUAUUACCCAUCUGUUUUCCAUUAUAGCUGCUCAACAUCUUUCCACAUGUGGGGAGAUGGAUCCCUGGACCUCACCAGAAAGUGUUCACAAUUCUCAAUAAACUCCAAGAGUUUUUUAAAGAUCUGGCACAAUCUCACAGAGAGAGACUGGACACAAACUGCCCACGGGACUUCAUAGACUGCUUUCUGAUAAAGAUGGAACAGGUAGGACACUAUAAUAUAAGAAUUGUCCAGUUCUAAAAACAUCUAGAAUCUAGAAUUAGCAUUUUUGCAAAUGAUGGGAAAAUAUGCUUUAUCAUAACUUUACAUACUGUUCUAGGAGAAAAAUAAUCGCAAUACUGAAUUCAAUGAAGAGAAUUUAUUGACUACUAUAAUGGAUUUAUUCUUUGCCGGCACUGAGACCUCAAGCGUAACACUAAGAUAUGGCUUCCUGAUACUUCUUAAAUAUCCAGAGAUACAAGGUAUCAUUACUCUUCAACAUGUUAGUCUUUAUAAAGGAGUACAGAUAGUCACAUAGUAUCAGAAUACACACAAUUAGUGUGAAUUUAUUAUAUUUCUCUUGAUUAGCUGCUAAGUCAUCAUGUGACCAUUGUCUCAUUUCUUCCAUCUUAGACACGUUACAUUUUAUAGCUCUGACUGUGCAAAGACAAAGGAUUUCUGUUCACAGCAUGGUAGAUAGAUAUAAUAAUUUUAUACAAAUAUAAAAGAUGUUUAUGAAUUAUAGUGAUAAACAGAUCAAAUCACAAGCAAGCAGUAAGGAAAACACAAUCGAAGAAGUGUGAGGUUUAAGAAACUUGCCAUAUACAUGGUGAUUCUGACAAAAUAGCAGAACAUACAUGAUGCAAAUAACUGCUUAUUUUAUAAUAAAUAACACAUCCAGCAGCUAACUUGACAUUUCUGGAUUAUUUAUAGAAUAUAGAAUAUAGAGUUCUUUUGCCAUUAAAUUAUAUCCAUUAUUUUUAAACUGAGCAGCUUAUCAUCACUAACCCUGAUCAGUGUCAUUAGGAGGGACCAAUGAUGGUAGCAAUCGUGAUUUAAUAAAGAGCAUACUUUAAUCUGUUUCAUAAAACCAAUGUCAGUCUUUUCUUUUUUUUUUACUAUAUGUCUAUGUUUUACAUUUCUGUGAUUACAUUGCUUUUGGUCUAUUUUCUUUAGAAAGGGUUCACAAAGAGAUAGACCGUGUGAUUGGCCAUGAUCGCUGUCCAUCAGUAGAGGACCGUAGUGAGAUGCCGUACACAGAUGCUGUGAUCCACGAAAUCCAAAGAUUUGCUGAUAUUGUGCCUAUCGGGGUAGCUCAUGCAAUCAGUAAAAACACGACCUUCAGAGGAUAUGACAUUCCUAAGGUCACUGACUCUAAGUAAUAUAUAGAAAAUAAUUAAAAUAGGAAAAGUUAGGGCAAUUUUGGUGUAUAGAUCAUGCCCCUGCGCUCUAACUGCUCAAUUCUCUGCCAGUACACAGAUACACACACUGACACACAGAUACACAAACACUGACACACAGAUACACAAACACUGACACACAGAUACAUACACACAGAUACAUACACACAUAUAUACACUGUGUGUCAAGGUGUGUAUCUGUGUGCCAGUGUGUGUAUUUGUGUGCCUGUGUGUUUACCUGUGUGUCAGUAUGUUUCUGCCAGAGUGUAUAUCUGUGUGUAUGUGCUGGUGUGUGUAUCUGUGUUUGCAUGUGUGAAUGUCUGUGUGUCAAGGUGUGUGUAUCUGUGUCAGUGUGUGUCUGUGUGUUUAUGUGUUAGUGUGUAUUUGACUGUGUAUGUGUUGGUGUGUUUCUGUUUGUUAAUGUGUAAGGAUGUACAUGUGGCAAUAAAUGUAAAGACAUCCCUGCAAUCAAACACCAACACAACACACUCCUGCAAACACAAACAUGACACACAAAGACACCCCUGAACUCUAAAAUUAUAUACAAACACCAAUACUACAGACAAAUGUACAUCUGCAUUUAAAAUCUAACACUACAUCCAAAUACACCUCUGCACGCAAAUGCAAACAUUACAUACCAACACAUCCCUGUAUUAAAAAGCUAAAAUUAUAUGCAAACACUAACUCUGCAAUCUGCUUACUAUCUCUAGAAAUUAGUGUAUAAAUUUGCCAAAAAAUACAUUCUGCUCUUCUAAAAGGUUUAUGCCAUUUUUUUGGGGGGGGGACAGGGGGGGUUGGGAAGGGAGGGUUCCAUGAUGUUGAUACACUAUGUCAAAGGGUUCACCCUCUUUGGACAUUUCCAUAUUUUGUAGAUUCAAUCUAGAACAACCAAGGAGUAACCAUUUUACCAUCUAUUUUACACAACAGCCAACACUUCCAAGGUACAAACCAAGUUAUUUUUCAUUUUAACACUGCAUUGUUACACUACACAAUGUGAAAAUAUCCAAGAUGGGUUAAAUACUUACUAUUGUAUCACUUUCUCUUUCUAACUCACUCCUCUUUCCAACAUACCAUUCAUAUCAACAUACCUACUCUCUCACAUACCAUUGGAAUAUCUAUCGAUUUAUGUUUUAUCUCUACCUGGUCAUUGCUUUCUCUCCUUUUAAUAUGGUGUUUGAUGUGUGCUCAUUCAGCUUUAUUGUCACUGUACCAUGUACAAACAAUGGCAAUGAAACACAGUUGGUCUCUGAACAGAUAUGCAGCAGUAACUUUAAAUACUAUUUAAAAAGAUGUACCUCUAGUGAACGCUUAGCAGCAAUACUUGAUACCACAUUUCCUGAUUCUUUACCUCCAGUGAACGCUUAGCAGUAAUACUUGAUACCACAUUUCCUGAUUCUUAAGAAUACAAUCAUAUUACAUUGCUACCAAUGUACCACCAUAUAAUAGUACCACCAUAUAAAUCCAAAACACAACAUAUACCCCGAUCUAAGUAAACAUUAAGUAUACCAUCUGCCCUUCAGUUAAUACAUUAGUGCUAAUAAAUACCCAAUCCUUAAUAGUGUAUCUUAAUCAUGUGACAUAAAAGUGCUCAAGACCACAUGUGUAAAGUCCAAAAUAUAAGCACCUAAGGCAUAUACAUAGAGUGAAAAAAAAGCACAUAUGGUAAGUGCAAAAUAAAAAAGUGAAUAUAUAAAUAAUGUGCAAAAAUACAUAUGCAUAGAAAGUGUGGACAAUCAAUUAUUGACAUUUAAACAGCAGUGAUGGCAAAUGAGAGAUACAUUCCCCAUCACUGCUCAAGGCCGUAUAAUCCACAGAAAAGGGUUGACCUUCAAGUUUUUCGGACAUCGAUUUAAUUUCAUUAAAAGUUGGAAAAUAAAAAAAUAAUGAACACCCCCUUUUUUAAAUGACUGCUGUAUUUUCUCAGAUAUAUCUUUAUAUUUGAAUUGCAGGGUACUAUGAUUCUCCCUGUACUGACCUCUGUUUUGAAGGACCCCAAGUACUUCAAAAACCCCAACUCAUUCGACCCUGGUCAUUUUCUGGAUGAAAACGGAUGCUUUAAAAAGAAUGAAGCGUUCAUACCAUUUUCUGCAGGUAAAUACAGUGUAUCAAAGUAAAUUCUACCAUGUGGACUGACAUGUGUGAGUACGUUUGUGUUUAUGUUUGGAUAAGGCUGUAGGAUACUUGAAAAGAUUUAAGGUUUUUUGAAUCUUUAAAAAUGAAAGAUUGUAAUUAAAACAUUUACUAUGAUAUAAUUGUAGAUUAUGCUAACGUAGUGUACCUAUAAUCUUAAUUUUAAUAAUGACAGGAGGCGAGUAUUUUGCAUAACUUUCUUUACUUUAUGCCUCCAGCAGCACAAGUCAAUCAAUAAACUUUAAACCAAUCAGUAACAGGCAUCACAUUCAUAUAUAAAGCCCUGACAGUCACAUGACUUCCUCUUUCUUUGAUGCGAAAAACAGUCUAUUAUAACGUCAGGGAAUUCAAAUAACAGUCCUGAGUAACGUGUAGAACAUAACUUGAAACCUUCCAGCUUUAUCUUGUCGAAUCCAUCUAUGAUGAUUACGCUGAAAAGAACAGAAAUACGUGAAAGGUGAUGGAAACCAACUGUUGUCCACAUUAAAUCCAGUACUAUAUGUGUCUAUAUUUAUAUUAAGUUAAUAUACUGAAACAUUAAACAAACCAUAGUAUACUUAAUAAUCAACACGGAUCUAACACAUAUCAACCAAAUAAGCAUCCCAUAAAUAUACUGAAUUACCAAACCUUAUAAUUUACACUGAGAAAAUGACAAACCAAAAUAUAAAAAAUUUCCAGAGUAUAGGGAGGGAAACAGGGAGGGAAAAUACUCGCCUCCUGUCAUUAUUAAAAUUAAGAUUAUAGGUACACUACGUUAGCAUAAUCUACAAUUUUAUCACAUGACAGGAGGCUUCAUAUUUUGCAUUUUUAAAGCUGUGGUAUGAGCGUGAAGGAUGCGUGUGUGGUUGACGAAAAUAAAUAUACGGAAGUAGUCUAUCCGUGUCCAAUUCGUCGCUGAAAAUAUAGAGGCCCCCUCGUGAAGGCCUGAGAAGCAGCUGCGCCUCUUACCGAAUGAGUACCCAAACACGUCUCCACCCUCGCUAGCGAUAACAACCAAUGAACCCAUCUAGACAGAGUGUUCAUGGUAACUGGCUUGUACAGUUGGUAUAAGACCAGCAGAUGUCCUGAAUGUGACAUUCUAAGUGUUGUCGUGAUCUCCAUGUAACAAAGUACCCCUUUAACUGCACAAAGGCUGGGAAACCGUCGGUAACAGGGAACGAUACGGACACGGAUAAGAUAUAGUUCUACGAGACACUGUAGAAAUUAUUCUUUCCGGUGAUACCGAAAAGACCGUCUACGUCGAACUCCAGUACAUCUGAUACCCGACGAAAAGACCUAAAAGUAACGUGACUCUGGCUAAUGGCUGACUGAGGGAUAGGACCGUGAUAUCUGACUAGCUCCAAAAGAACCAAAUCAAAGUCCCACACCAGUGAUACUUUGACGCAUGGUUCUGGACGGUUUGAUACCCCACAGAAAAUGGUAUAUCAAAGGCUCUUGAUUGACCGGAGUGUCGUGAAUCGUGCUAUGCAUCGUCGAAAUUGCGGAACGUAGCCCGUUAAUGGAACGUUCCGAUCGGCCUGUAGUGAAAAGGUAUGAUAAAGAUCCAGCAUCGUGGAGAUAGGGGUAAUAAAGGGAUCGCAGUCCCUUCCCAUACACCAGCGAACUCAAGGUGUUCCAUGCGGAUAAGUUAUUUCGGGGGAAUACCUGGCGUCCAUGAGUCCCAUAGUAGGUCUCUAGUUGGUUGCGAUAGUCCCUUGACAUACCAGUCUCCCCUGGAAGACACCAAUCUACCAACUCCAGAUGCUCCUGCAUUCUCAAUGGAUGAUGUUCUCCUUUUGGAUCCGCCCGAAGGCAAGUUAAAACGGAAGGAGCAGAGGAUGAUCCUGAUUAAGGACAACCCUUCUGGGUGUCACGCUUGCCUCCUUUACCGCAGUAAUGAGUACUAUCGAAGUCUUCGCUAUUCUGAUCCCAAUUUCAUAGGUGUGUCCGUAUCUCAGGCAGUGAGCUUUCAGCCACUGUCUGGCCUGGUAGUGAAGCAGUCCUGGGAAAUAGUCAAAGGGUUAUGGUGCCUUUCCGCCGUACCCGUCGAAUUUCCUUACGAAUCGUCGCUAUCAAUGAUGUGGGAAGGUGUAAUCCGCCCAAGGUGGAAUCUAUUCUGAAAUAGAGGAACUGAAUCACUCGGAACUGGGAUCGAACCAACUCCUCUCUGUUCACUAUGAAUCCCAACAAUUCCCGAAACUGUAAACAUAAAUCUCGUUUGUAAACGUAGUCAUGAAUUGGAUUUGCAAAAGGUAAGUCGUCUAGGUAUGUGACAGCAGAUACCCUUUGCUUUUCAGUGCGCAGUGACCGACUUCAGAAACUUCAUGAGGCACCAUGUGAACCUAUAGGUAAGUGCCCUUCAAGUCCAACCUUGUAGAUCCCCUAAGAGAUGGAUACCUUCCUUCUUGAGUUGUCGGUACGCCCCAAAACCAUUGGGUUGGCAUAGGUUGAUGACUGGGUGAUAGUCUCCUAUCUUCUUCCUUACUACCAAACCGUUGCUGAGAUAAAUGGUUCUCCAAACGAUAGUCCGUCUGCCUGAGGUCCUCGCUCUUUCGUCCCUAACUUCAAUAGUUUGAAAUCCAUCUUUAAUCGGGCUGCUUUGCGGCGUUCUGUGCACCUGUCUGCCUUGCGUUCCCCAACUUACAUAUUGCCCUUUGCACCCAUUCCCUCACAUCGUGAGCUUCUAGAGGUGAGUCUUGUGUGGGGUCAGGUCCGCAAAGUAUAGAAUUUUUUCCCGGGCUGAUCAUAUCCAGUAUUUAACUCAUUUGAGUCCUCCUCCUACACACUGAUCGGGACAUACAUAUCACCACGAGCUCCAUAGUGAGGACUAUCUUGUUCGGACAUAGAGGGCGUGGGCAUUCCAUCCUGAGCCGGUCUCGGAUUUCUUUUCCCAUAGGCCUCCUAAGCCAGAAGUGGGCCCGGUGCUCCAGUUAACCCCAUUCGGAUGACCCUGGUUGUCGGAUGGUGCGUGAGUCAAAACAGGAGUGUCCAGUGUGCCAAAGAAAAAACCUUUCUUGCUAGGCGUGUCUUGUCACUUUUACCUCUUCUGCCCUCCAUUCUUUCAUGAUCUCCAGAGAAGGGGGGGGAGGAUGAAGUCCUCGUCCCCUGAUGAUGGGUGUCCGACCUAACGUCGGUAUCUCAAUCUUCCAUUGGUGUUGCUGCCGUUGCACCCGCUCUGUCGGAUGGGUUGAUAGCCAGCAUACUGGAGAGGACUUCUUCCCCCGGAGCUGUCAUGGCAGCCUUAAUCCUCUCCUGAAAAUCGGUCGGGGAUAUUGAGGUAAGUCCGACAUGUUGGUUCACACCCUUUCGGUCCGUGGGAGACAGGAUCGUACAACAGUACACUUAUUGCCACUCAGUAGGCCUCCGCGUAUAACUGGGGGUCACCCAGAAUUUUGAUCAAUCAGUAUCAUUUUCGCAGGAUCCGGGGAGUGGUCUGAGAAUGAGGACACCCUCAGUAAGACCGGGAUGAGCGGUCUGCAAUGUCGGGACGUAGCCCGAGUCUGGGAGACGUGAAAGCCUCAAUAUAUAUAGUCCACGGGGUUCAUCCUUAUAUGGUCUAGAAUUGUGGAGUUUUGGCAGCACUGUGAGUUCUCCUUCUCGGUUAAGGGAAGGGCGUACGGAACCCCAGUUGAAGCAUAGAGGUGCCAGAAUACAUGCAUCUAGUGCGCCCUGGUCUGUGCAUACAAUGACAGAGCGUACUCUGAAGGUAGAAGCCCUAGAAAGGGUGCGGGGGGUCACCCCUUUGUACCUAUGCCACUAGCACCGGAGUAAGACUCGCUUGGGGUUCACCCAGCAUAGGGGGGUCACCCCUGUAUGAAUGUCUCUUAUGGCAUGUUGGGGCACUCUUUCGGUCUAUGGGGUACCGAACAGGUGUCAGGUACGGUAGUACACUUAUUGCCACUUAGUGGGCCUCCACGUACAACUGGGGGUCACCCAGAAUUGUUUCAAUCAGUACCACUUAGAGAUUUCCUGGGAGUGGUCUGAGGAGGGGGUCACCCUCAAUAAGACCGGGAUGAGCGGUCAGUAAUGUCGGGACGUAGCCCGUGUAUGGGGAGGUAUGGUAGCCUCCAAAUUAUCCAAGGGGUCACCCUUAUAGGAUAUAGUACUGUGGAGAAUUGGCAGCACCAUGAGCUCUCCUUCCUGGCUCUGUCGAUAUACAUGUAUUCAGUGUGACCCGGUCUGUGCAUACAGUAACAGAUCGUACUCCGUGGAAAUGAGCCCGCCCUAGGGCGUGGGGGUUCCCCCCAGUAUAUGUAUGUCACUAGUACCGGAAUAAUAUUCGCUUGGGGUUCACCCAGAGUAGGGGGAUCACCCCAGUAUAUGUAUGUCACUAGGACAGGAACCAGAUUCGCUUGGGGGUCACCCAGCGUAAGGGGGGUCACCCCUGUACCACAAUGUCACUUUGGAGAGGUGUCUGCCACGCUUGGGGGUCACCCAGCGUAAGGGGGAUCACCCCUGUUAAUCACUCCGUUAUGUGCCUCCACUACUGUGUCCUGGGAGGUGUAUCCCUGUGGGGAAGGAGUGUAUCCAAUGGUUGUGAGGUCCAGUGGGAGUAGGGAGCGGAGUAAGAUAUCAGCUCUAUUUAAUUUCCCUGCCAGUAGAUAGAGUAAUGCAUCCACUAUAUACCCACAGCAGGGGACAGUCCAUUCAUAAUCCUCCAGAUGUACAAUAAAACUGUUAUUCAACAUGUCAAUUGUAUAGAACAGAAUAGAGCAAACUGUCAGCAGAUGCACACAGCAGGGAUCAGUCCUACAUAUUCAUGCAGAGUUACAUAUAAAACUUUUAUUUCACAUGCCAAUGAAAUAUGCCAGUAUAGAGCUCAGCAGUGAACAGUCCAUUCAUAAUCUUCCAGGAAAGGUACAUAUAAAACCUUUAUUCCACAUGCCCAUGAACAGUAUUGAGCUCAAAAGUACUUGUAAAACUUUUAUUUCACAGGAAAAAUAUAUGAAACAGUACAGAACUAGCCGCCAGUUCGUGGGAAUCACGAACUGGCCAAACGACAUGGCCGACGUGAAUCUCGCGAGUGCCGCGAGAUUCAAGAUGGCCGCCGUUCGCGCGCAAAAGUGCCGUGCGGCCCACGAUCGAGGAUACGAUCGCGGUCUGCCGGCAUGGAAAAGAGUCCCCCCGACAUCCCCAACCCCCAGAGACCUGCCCUGAAGUCCCAGCACCAAUGAAUAAAAAGCGUGCUCGCGGUAAAACGCCGCGAUCCAUGCGAGACCAGAGUAAAGCAUAGGAAAGAAAAGGUGCCAGCAACAGAAAACAGGCUAAUAAAGCAGAAAAUACAGGGUUAAUUCAGGGGAAGGGUAACAGGGGGAGAAUAUCACACUAUACAAAUCCAAAUGGAAGGCAAGUGCAAAAUAAUGAAAAACAUUUAGGCCAAAAUUGCAGGACAAGCUAAUAAAGUUUAACAAAAGUGCCCAUGCAUAUCCAGAAACAGUUUGGAGCAAAAACUGAAUGUCUAGCAUUAAAAAUCUAACUAAAGUGACCAUAGCAAUAUUAAUAAAAACAGUUGGAGCAAACUGAAAGUCAAUUAAUAAAGUUUAAUUAAAGUGGUAUCCAGAAAAAACAGUUGGGAUUAAAACUGAAUGUCUAGCAUAAGGUGUCUAACUACAGUGACCAUAGCAAUAUUAAUAAAAACAGUUUGGAACAAACUGAAAGUUAAGCAAUAAAUGAUUAACUAAUGACAAUUGCAAUAUUCAGUAAAACAGUUUGGAGCAAAAUACUCUGACCUGUGCCUUGGCUGGUAAGCAGCAAAGAAAGAGGUAGUCAUGUGACUGUCAGGGCUUUAUAUAUGAAUGUGAUGCCUGUUACUGAUUGGUUUAAAGUUUAUUGAUUGACUUGUGCUGCUGGAGGCAUAAAGUAAAGAAAGUUAUGCAAAAUAUGAAGCCUCCUGUCAUGUGAUAAAAUUAUAUUUUAACAAGUUAACCAAAUGAUAUAUCAAUCUUUCUACAUUUUGUUGUAACAUUUUGUUGAAGCUACAUUCAGUGCAUAUCUUUCCAUAAUUCACCCUCCAGGUAAACGUGUGUGUGCAGGGGAGGGUUUGGCUCGUAUGGAACUCUUUCUAUUCCUCACCACCAUCUUGCAGAAGUACACCUUAAAGCCAACAGUGAACAAAAAGGACAUUGAAAUAACUCCAGAGCCAGGAAGCAGCGCUACAAGACCUCGCCUAUACCAAAUGUAUGCUGUGCCUCGCUCACAUCCCUAG